UUUCGCUCGCGUCCGUCGUGAGGAGAGACGCGAGGGGCGGCGAAGGUGCGCUGCGCGCGUGGGUUUGGGCGCCGAGACGUCCCUUCCGCGGAGCCCCGGUGCGCGCGGUCCAAGGGGAAGCGAUGGCGCAGGCGUUGAACCUCAACAACGAGGUGAGCGGAGGGGGAAGGCGCGCGGCGGGUUGAGGGUGACCCGUGGAGGAAAGGCGCGCGGGGGGAGGGCCGCGAAACGGCGCCCUCGCCCACGGGAGUCGAGGGCGGGAGCUCUGCUGACUGAGGAUCAGGGCCCUCCCAAUACACGCCGCCUUCUGAGGGAGUCGUUGCAGGGGGUUGGACUGGAUGACCCUUGGGGAACCCUUCCAGCUCCGUGAAGCUCGUCCCACCUCUGGGCAGGAGAUGUCGAAUUACAGAUUUAGGCGUGGGACCUUUAACUAUCGGCUUCGGCCGAAUUUAAAUCCCACCGGUCUACUACCCUUAGUAAAAUAGAAAACAUAAGGUAAAAGACGUCUGGAUGGUUACGUUCAGUCACAAGCUAUAAUAAUAAUAAUAAUAAUAAUAAUAAUAAUAAUAAUAAUUUAUUUAUACCCCGCCCUCCCCAGCCAAGACCAGGCUCAGGGCGGCUAGCAACCAAUAAUAAAAACAAGUUGAUUAAAAUACAAUUUAAAAAACAAUAUUAAUAUACUAUGGGGUUGCAGCGCUCAUCUCGCUUUUCAGAGUGAUGAGUGUUGCACCCCAUAGCCCAUGGGUAGGCAAACUAAGGCCCGGGGGCCAGAUCCGGCCCAAUCGCCUUCUAAAUCCGGCCCACAGACGGUCCGGGAAUCAGCCUGUUUUUACAUGAGUAGAAUGUGUGCUUUUAUUUAAAAUGCAUCUCUGGGUUAUUUGUGGGGCAGAGGAAUUCGUUCAUUUCCCCCCAAAAAAUAUACAGUGGUGCCCCGCAAGACGAAUGCCUCGCAAGACGGAAAAACCGCUAGACGAAAGGGUUUUCCGUUUUGAAGUUGCUUCGCAGGACGAAUUCCCCUAUGGGCUUGCUUCGCAAGACGAAAAUACCUUGCGAGCCUUGAGAUUUUUUUUUCGCUUUCCCCCCCCUUUAUCUAAUCUGCUAAGCCUUUAAUAGCCUUUAAUAGCCUUUUAGCAGCUAAUCUGCUAAGCCUUUAAGCCUUUAAUAGCCGCUAAACCGCUAAUAGCGCUAAUAGCGCUAAUCCGUCAAUGGGCUUGCUUCGCAAGACGAAAAAACCGCUAGACGAAGACUCUCGCGGAACGGAUUAAUUUCGUCUUGCGAGGCACCACUGUAAUCCGGCCCCCCACAAGGUCUGAGGGACAGUGGACCAGCCCCCUGCUGAAAAAGUUUGCUGACCCCUGAUAGCCGAAUUCAACUGGACUUUACUGUCCAGGGGUCCUUUACCUUUUUUACCUUUACCCUUAUGGUAUUCAUUUUUUUGUUGUUAUAUUGUAAACUGCCCUGGGAUCUAAGGUAAAGGUAAAGGACCCCUGGAUGGUUAAGUCCAGUUAAAGGCGACUAUGGGGUUGCGGUGCUCAUUUCGCUUUCAGGCAGAGGGAGCCGGCGUUUCUCUGCAGGCAUCUUUCCGGGUCAUGUGGCCACCAUGACUAAACCGCUUCUGGCACAACGGAACACCGUGACGGAAACCAGAGCGCACGGAAACACCGUUUACCUUCCCGCUGCAGUGAUACCUAUUUAUCUACUUGCGCUGGUGCGCUUUCAAACUGCUAGGUUGGCAGAAUCUGGGACGGAGCAAUGGGAGCUCACUGCCGCCAGGAUUCGAACCGCUGACCUUCCUGAUCAGCAAGCGCAAGAGGCUCAGUGGUUUAGACCGUAGUGCCACCCGCUUCACUACUCUUAGUAUCACAAGAUUGUCACGAGAGCACUUGGACUAAAAUGGUCAACCCAACGCUUUGCGUUUCUGGUUUAUCACCGCAACAGUUAUUAACACUGGGCUUCGGUAAAGCAAAUAAUUAAAUCAGACAGUGCUUAUAUGAUAUUGAGCAACAGAGUAAUUUGGCCACCAUAAGGAUAUUUUGUCCGUGGUAUGGUUAUUUGCCUCCUAGUCAUUUUGACCCAAUGGCAUCCUAUCUGCAAAAUGUAACUAUUCCAAAAUACAGGCGUGCUUUUGCAAGAUGGACUAUACUGCCUUCGGCUGUACUUGAGGGUCAGUUUCAAAAAAUCCUGCUGGAAAAACAGUUAUGUCUCUGUGGAGAUGGCAAUAUUUAGUCAGUGGCUCAUGUGUUUCUGGCUCGCACGCUUUAUAAACAUUUGAGGAGUGAGGUUAUUACCCCUCUAUUAUUGUCCAUGCGGGGUUGCUCAACCAUUGCUACUGUGUCCUUUCUUCCAGCAGAUCAAGAUAAUCAGGUGACAUCAAAAACUGAUUUUUUUUUUUGCAGGGGCAAUUAGAAUAAGAUCUAUUAUUUGAUUAUUGUUGUAAACCUCCAGAAUGUAUUUUGUAUAGUUAAGUUUUUACCUCUGUCUUCAGUACAUUUUAUUUUAUUUUAUUGCUAUGGCUAGUGGCUGAUGCAAGUAAAGAUGCGUCUUCUUCUUCAGGAGCGCUACCUCGGCUGUUUUGGCUUUGUAGUGCUACUGCAAAACUCCUGAGCUUGCUCAGUGUCCGUUGCCCUGCAGAUAUCGAGAGCAGUGCCCAUUUGUUUCUCCAUAGGGUCAUAGAGUUGGAAGGGACCUGGAGGGUCAUCUAGUCCAACCCCCUGCACAAUGCAAGGAUCUCUUUUGCCCAGCGUGGGGCAUGAACCCACAAUCCUAAGAGUCUCAUGUUCUGCUGACUGAGCUAUCCGACACAACAUUUCCCAGGUGCCUUUUCUUCCUCUUCGAACAGCUGCAGCCCCAUGCCUCUGCAUGUUUACCCUCAGAAGUAGACCCUGCUAAGUGCACCAGUUAAGGGUGAAGUGAGUUGCAGUAUUGACUUUCCCUCUCACUAUAGGGCCACUGUGUUAGGUCACAUCCACAACAUACAUUUAAAGCACUGUUCUAACGGUCAUGGCUACCUGCAAAGAAGCCCAGGAACUGUAGUUUCUUAAGGGUGCUGACCUCACAGUCCUACUACUGCCAGCACCUUUAAUAAACUAUAGGGUUCUCCAUGGCUGUUAAACUGGUAUAAGAGCACUUUAAGUCUGCGGUGUGGGUAUGGUCUUAGUCUUUUACAGCAAAAACAACUGAGUGUCUUGUCACACCUGAAAAAAACAAUCAAAUUUAUUAUAGCAUCCUUUUUUUGCAACUUUUCAAAAUGCAUGUUUAUAUUGAUUAAAUGACCUGUGGUCCACAAAAGUUUACUUCUUAAUAAUCCUUAUGUUGACCCAACAUUUGGUUGAAACAUUAACUUUGCCUUUCCUUCAUUUCUGUGACUUUCUUUUCUCCUCCUUCCUUUCUUUCACGCACACCUGUCUUCAUUACUUCGUUUUGUAUUUCACAUUCUCUCUUUCCCUGUUUCAUAGUGUUCCUGUGCAUUUUUUUGUGCAGAAGUAAAAGAGCAAUCCAGCUCCCUUCCCUGCCAGUGGUGGCCUUACUGGGGGUAGCCAGCACAAGCCCUCAAAACAGGGAAUUGCGGGAGUAGAGAAGGUGUGGAACUGGGCCUGAUAAGGAUUUGCUGGUUCAGCUACUGGUUGAGUCUCUAUGCUGCACCAGCAUGGAUUGAGUGCAGUGAAAACUGGAAGCUUGUGGCCAUAAGUGGCAGGGCUGCAGACACGUUGUUCUGCACUGUUGCUUCUGCUUGGAAGUUAGACUUGCUCCCUAAGGCUUACAAAAUACUUAAGGACACCGAUUGUGAAGGAGAAAGUUGGAUUUCCUCAUACAUGUGCAUCUCUUUUGUGAUUCCAUGGAACAGCAUCAUGUCCUUGACACCUGAAGAAGUAGGUCAAUUUCUAAGACUGUAAAUGAUGAACUGCUCUGUCCUCUGGUGUCCCACUGUAGAUCCAGUUAGAUGCCUUGACAUUCAAUUCUUAUGAUUCUCUUAUUUGACAACUUCCAGUGGGAUCACUUUGUCAGUCUGUUACACCAAAAAACAAAGCAGGCGAAGUAAACUCUAGUUCAUGAAAGCUUAUUCCAUAAUAAUUUUCUUAGGCUUUAAGGUAUCACAGGAUGCCUUCUUCUCUUUCAUUGGGUGUUUGAUAUAUUGGAUACUUGCACCAAGUUUACUCUUGCUAUCUUUUAUGCUUUUUAAUGCUAGUUUUAAUUGUUUGAUAGUUGUCAUGCUUUAUUCUGAUUUUAGUUGGGCUUUGUGUUUUUGUUUUUUGCUGUUUUUAUUGUGAAUUGUAUUUUCUAUUUUAGAUUUAGAUCUGACACACUUGCAAGUGUUAAAAAAUACAAGAAGUGGUAGAAAAUGUUUGAGGUUACAAAAGGGAUAAUAUGCUCCAGCAAUACAUUUAAUUUUGCGGUUGUUUUAAUAUCAGACUUCGAAUUUAACACUGGUUUAUACUAUCUAUCUAUCUAUCUAUCUAUAUAUAUAUUAAUACACACUAUACUUAAUCUGCUUCUCCCUGCUGUCCAGCUUGAUCAUGCAGCACCACAGCUGCAGUUUGUUGUAAGUUCCCUUCUUUUCAUAUCCAUGCAAAGCACUUUAGCAUCAGAGAUAGCUGUUAUUGGGUAAGAACUGCAUAAGUGUCUAUUGCUGACUAGGAAUCGGGAGUAGGGACAAAUACUAUUUUAUUCAAUUUCUAAACUGCCCUUUGUAAUCAGUUACGAUCCCAGGGCUGUUUACAAAACCAGUGUCAAAUUAUUUAAAAAAUGACGUUCAACCAACAGUUAUAUUUUUAAUCAGAACAGCAGACAUCGCUCAUAAUCACUUCUCAAAUUAGCUUCCCCAAAAGAUCAGGGUGAAGAGGUAAGUCACCAGCUGGGUGCCAAUAAUGAUGUCACCAGUCAUACCCCCAAAUAAGUUUCAUAGACAAGAUGCCAACACAGAGAAGGCCUUAUCGCAUGUCAUUGUCACAUGAUCCUAUCUUAAUGCACAGGCAGGAUAAUAGGAAUAUAUAGCCACAAGUGAAGAAGCCAUUGUGCUGUAUGUGUGUGAAUAUUAUUGAUCUCAUUCAAGUCUCUGAACUGUUGGGAAAAGAAAAAUAAUCUCUUCAUACAUUGGUAUGAAGCAGGCUUUAUUUAAGGUUAGUGUUGGAGCAGGGAAUGAUCCCGAUUUGCAAUUAUACUUGCGAUCUGGAAACAGCCUUUUCCCGGAGACCUAAACAAUCAGCGAUGCAUCGUUAAUUUGUAUAAUAGAAUUUUGUUUCUUCCCGUCAUGACUUUUUGGCAGAGAAUAAUCUAAAAGAAAAAAUUAAGAUGAAAUGGUAACAUAUUUAAAAACAUACUCGUAAAAUAGCUUUAUGUGCAAAUUAUACUUGAAAAUGUUGCUAGGUGGCAGCACAAAAUAAGUAAUAAGCUCCUCUUAACCCCCACCCCUGCCCUGCUUGUACAAAUUCUCUUGCAAAUGUGCUUAAUUUACAAACUGAUUAAUUUCAAGCCUUAAAUAUAUGUACUGUUCCAAACAGAAUUGUGAGAUGUAUUCUUUUAGGACAGAAUCCCCCGGCCCUAAAUUUACGUAUACAUUUUUAAUGGCACUUGGGCAUUUGGGGUGAAACUUCAGGACUUCAUUCUACUUUCCUAUAGAUGGAGCAUAGCAAAGCCCUCUCACCUAUUUUGCAAGGAAUUUGCUGUAGUGGAAUAAAUACUACUGCUUUGUUUCUCCCAUUGCAUCUAUUAUAUUUAAUAUACGGUAACACCUGAAAGACCUACAUUGGCUCCCAGUAUGUUUUCAAGCACAAUUCAAAGUGUUGGUGCUGACCUUUAAAGCCUAAAUGGCCUCGGCCCAGUAUACCUGAAGGAGCGUCUCCACCCCCAUCGUUCAGCCUGGGCACUGAGGUCCAGCGCCGAGGGCCUUCUGGCGGUUCCCUCACUGAGAAAAGUGAGGUUACAGGAAACCAGGCAGGGGGUCUUCUCGGUAGUGGUGCCCGCCCUGUGGAACGCCCUCCCAUCAGACGUCAAGCAAAUAAACAACUAUCUGACUUUUAGAAGACAUCUGAAGGCAGCCUUGUUUAGGGAGGCUUUUAAUGCAGGGCUAGGCAACCUAAGGCCCAGGGGCUGGAUGCGGCCCAUUUGCCUUCUCAGUCUGGCCCGCAGACAGUCUGGGAAUCAGCAUGUUUUUACAUGAGUAGAAUGUGUGCUUUUAUUUAAAUGGGUUAUUAGUGGGGCAUAGGAAUUCAUUCAUUAUUUUUUUUCAAAAUAUAGUCUGGCCCACCACAUGGUCUGAGGGAUGGUGGAUCGGCCCACGGCUGAAAAAGGUUGCUGACCCCUGUUUUAAUGUUUGAUAUUGUCGCUUUUUUAUUAUUAUUAUUCUGUUGGGAACUGCCCAGAUGGGCGGGGUAUAAGUAAAUUAUUAUUAUUAUUAUUAUUAUUAUUAUUUUAGUGAAUCAAGUGGAAUUGUAAGCUAGGUAAAUCAAAACAAUUUGUGUAUAUUGUUCAGUGGGGCUUACACUGUUGGAAAUAUAUUUAGGACAGUAUCCAUUGGUCUAGUUUACAUGUGCAUAAGCAGGAAGGUUCACAUGUCACACAAAAUUAUAGCUUUGUGAGGCAUGCAUUAGCAGGAACAAAGUAUUGAUAACUUAAAAUUUGUGUCCUCUCGUCUCCUCUUCCUUCCCUGCAGCUGCAACAAGUUCUACAGCAGUUUCCCCCCCUGCUUUCCCUGAAUCCUGGAUUGUCAUGUUAUCCAGACCAAGGAUCAUACUUUAUAACAAACUUGGGUAGGUUUUAAAUCAAGCCAAUGUCCAACUGUGGUUUCUGAAGCUCACUUGUUUAACUUAGAGUUUGAUAGAAAACACGAUCCUUGGUCUGGACAACACAUGAAGUUGAUUUGGUAAUGGAAAGCAAAACUUAAAAGCUACCCAACUUGUCCGCCCAGCUGCAGGGAGGAGAAGUGGGAACGAUGGUGGUUUCUUCCUGCUCAUGCACAUCUCAGAAUACCAUUUCUAGGCUAUAGAAAUCAAAUCUUGAAAGUAGGUUUAGAACUGAAAGGUCAUUUCCUAGCCCUUAUGGGUUGUAGCUUGCAAAAGAGGUCUGGAACUACGAUGGCCAAAAUACUCACAGAUCUGAAGUAUAGAAUGAAAGAGUAACAGAAACCCGGAUUUCACGAAACUUUGAAGUGCUAUAAAAUUAAAACCGUUUGAGAUAGAGGGGAAAUAUUUAAGGGGGUUUCUUUCAACCAUAAGGGAAGGGUGUACACCAAGUUUCAUCAAAACCCAAGACGGUGGGUGGCAUGACCGCGUUGAAUAGACGUGGACCGACCUGGAGAGUAGCUGGCCACAAACUUCACACACACACUUCCCUCUGCCCAGAAAUAGGCUGAUUUUUUUCCUUUAAUUUCUAAGGAUAAGAAUGAUGAGCUAAAUUUAGACUACAGUGGUACCUCGGGUUAAGUACUUAAUUCGUUCCAGAGGGCUGUUCUUAACCUGAAACUGUUCUUAACCUGAAGCACCACUUUAGCUAAUGGGGCCGCCGCGCUGCCGGAGCACGAUUUCUGUUGUCAUCCUGAAGCAAAGUUCUUAACCCGAGGUACUAUUUCUGGGUUAGUGGAGUCUGUAACCUGAAGCAUAUGUAACCCAAGGUACCACUGUAUUAUAGUAAGUUGGUAAUUCUACACAUCUACCAAGUAUCUGCUUCAUAGAACUUUGUCAGUGUUUGCUAGAAGGCAUUGGCAGACUGUAUUGAAUUCAAUUUAGUCUUUUUGUCCAAAGGCAUGAAUGUGUAGAUUGUUAAGAAGCAAACCAUUCUUAGGUUGCCCUAAGCCUUUCUUCAUCCUUUGAGGAUACGUGUAACAAGUUUGUCUCUUGUUUAAAAUAGUUUAAUAUUCUCUAGCAAGUUCUUUAGUAAGAAUUUCCUGUGAUGGAUUGAGUUCUGCUGAAAAAAAAUCUCUUGACAUUCUUUCGGACCAUGUCAGUGUUCUCAGCAACCAUUCCGAUAAAGCUUAUGAAAUUUCCAAGCUCAGCCUCUGAGAUAGAAUUUAGAAGAACAUUUUCCCCCUAGGAUCUCUUCCAGCAGCUAUUAUUCAAGUUUUGAGUUGCCACAUCAUCAGUUGCAGAACAUUAAAGGCAUACUGUGACCAGCAGAUUCAAGCACAUUUGCUUGCAGCAGAUUAUGAAGAAAUUAAAAAUGCAAAAGCAGCCUGCAUACUUGUUGCAAACUGAGCAGUAUUAAAUGAAUAUAGAUGAAAAUGAGAUUUUGCCUCCCCCUUCUGCUCAGAGUGGUUUGUGUGAAGUGCAUUUGGUUGGGCCACGUAGGCUAGUUAGAGGUUGCCAGAAAUAAAACAUGUGGCUGCUUACUUGAGCUGGUGCGUAAUAAAAAAAUUGCAAGCUCAGUCAUGGGAGCUUGCUGUAGACUAUAUUUAAAGGAGCUGUAGCAUAGCUGUGAUGAAAACACUGACUGGUUAACUGGUAAAGCUACAGGUGUCUAAAAGAGAUAUUAAUUGUACCAGGUGACUUUUAAUCAGAACUGAUCAUAUUAGUUAUUGCACAUGACAUCCCUUCAUUUUCAGUCAUUGAACUGUUGAACACAUCAUUCAUUUUUCUUUGUAAUUGGGAUGAGGCUGUUUUUGUGUGUCUAAACUCUGAAUGUCAUUCCUAAACCUGAACAAUCACAUUGUGUAUAACUGAAACUCUGAUGUGUACAAUUCAAUUUAAUUUGGUGUUUUUCCAGCAUACGAAGGGAAGAUGCAAGGUUCCCCCCCAGUCCACUUCUCAGUCUCUCUUCUGAUUCAGUGACCCCUACUGCAUGCAACACAUCACAAAAGAGACCCUCCUGAACCUCCUUUGUAGAAAUAUGGCAACUUUUGCCUGCCUUCUCCUCACCAGGCUCUGCAGUUCAUUUCAUUUGUUUUUGCAUGGUUCCCUGCUCCAGUUCUGCUGGCGAAGGUUUUGCAGUAUAUGGUGGUUAGAAUUCUUUUUGUUUAACUUUCUGAUCCUGUCAAAAACAAGAGAGACACAAACCACAGCUUACACUCUCUUGGUGUAAACACUAAUUUGAACCACUGAGCUUAUUUUUCUUAGGAGCUGUGACCCUGAGCUACAAGGAUCUCUUCUUUCGGCUUAAAUGGAGCUACAUGCUCAGUAGGUGAUCCUCAGUUGUGUCCUGCUUGGCUGUGCUUUUCUUUAAUCCACAGCAAAUAUUGACCAUAGUGCCAACCAUGACACUCUGCACAUGUCUAGCGACCCCCUUGCCACUUACUGUUCCCAGGCUCCACAAGUAAAUUGGGGCAUUAAACGGGACAUUCUGCCCCCCAUUAUACUUCCCCAGCUCUGUAUCCAUCUCUCCAUUUUUCCCUCCACAACUCACCAUAAACUAACAAGGAAAAGGAAUAAAUUAGUUUGGAAUUCUCUGCCAUACAUUUGUCUGAUUGUCCUUUGCUUUAGAAACACUUGCCUGUUUGGUUUAGGUUGCCCUGGGGAAGAUAAAACAACUAAAAUUCUAAUUAUCAUGAUGAUGAUGAUGAUGAUGAUGAUGAUGAUGACAACUUGACCUCAUUCAUUACUCUCUCAGCGCCACACUCUACCCAUGUACAGUGUGGGGAUAAUCAUGCCAGCAUGCAUAUCUUUUUAUGUUUGGAGCAUUUGAAAUGUGCCAUUUAAAUGCCUUCUUUACAUGAAGCUAGUUUAACCAGGCCUUCGGCUGAUUAAUAUUCUGCAGCCUUUUGUGUUUGCAGGUGGGUGGUUACUAUUUUGUUGCUUCCAUUUUGACUAUUUAUUUGUGCCUUAAAGGGCAGUAUAUAAAUCAAACAAACAAAUACAUGUGGGAAUGUUGUAAUAAUGUGUGAUUUAUCAUUUGUAAAGAAUGUGAAGUGUGACGUUGGUUCUUGGUAUCUUUCUUCAAUGUUUCUUCCACAUUAACAGGGAUUUUGUCAGUCUUCAAGAUAUUUUUGAACAAGUUGGCAAACAGUGCUAUUGAUAGUACCAGCUAGGUUCACAAGUACAGUGGUACCUUGGGUUACAUACGCUUCAGGUUACAUACGCUUCAGGUUACAGACUCCGCUAACCCAGAAAUAGUACCUCGGGUUAAGAACUUCGCUUCAGGAUAAGAACAGAAAUCGGGCUGAUGGACUACAUGGAACUGGUGGAAAUGACUGGCAAAAUCCGAGACCCGGGAGAAGAGUUGGUGGAAGAAGACUGGAAGAAAUUUAAAGUUUAUUUACAGAAACAUUGUAAUUAAGGAAUGUUAGAAGGAUGUUGGAAUGAAAUAAUGCGGUUUUAGCAGAAAUGCUAUAAAGGAUUAAGAAAAAAUAGAUUGCUAAAUGGUGAAGGAGGGAAAGUAAAGUUACAUUAUAUUAAGAUAAAAUAGAGGACAAAAACUGGAAAAGAUGGCAAGGAUUUGCUGAAAUAGCUAAUUGAACUAGAAUACAAAAAAGGGAGGUGUGAGCAGGUCAAGGAAAUAAGCAAAUAAAAGAUAAGUUAUGGGAAGAUUCAUUGUAUUUUUUAUUUUUUUUAUUUUCUUUUCUUUUUUCUUUUUUAUUAUUGUGAUGUGAUGUUUUGUAUUUCUUUAAUAUGCUGUUUUUUAAUUUUUUCUUUUUGUAACCCUUUAAAAUUCCAUAAAUAUUAUUUUUUUUAAAAAAAGAAAUCGGGCUCCGGCGGCGCGGCGGCAGCAGGAGGCCCCAUUAGCUAAAGUGGUGCUUCAGGUUAAGAACUGUUUCAGGUUAAGUAUGGACUUCCGGAAUGAAUUAAGUACUUAACCUGAGGUACCACUGUAAAAACUUUUGAUUUUUGUGACUUGGCAAAUAAGAUUUAACAUCCAGGUCACUCCAUUCCCAUUUUAUAUUUCCUGUCAUUUUAGGAGUGUCAGCUGUUACAAGUUUUGGUUAUGAGACCAUGUAUUUGGCAUAAGAAAAAAAAUUAUUUCUUACAGCAACUCCAUGAUAUAUGGUAGAAUAUAGGUGGCCAGUAUUAAGUAUGCAAGGAAUGCCAAUUGUCAGAAAUGGUUGGGAGGCAUAAUGUUAUACACUACCCUAGAAUGAAGUAUAACUGCAGCUGUGAACACAAGUAUGCCACGCUGCACGAGUCAUUAUCGAACUUAUGGAUAAUGAAUAUUUCCUUCCCAGUCUUGGUUUCUUUUUGACAUUUAAAGAGAAUACAGAGUGGAGAACCAGUGGAUGUGGAGAGGAGGUGCUUGAAACCUUUCUGAUCAUUACAGUAUUUAUUGAUUCAGAUGGGGGAAAGCUACACAGAGGAAAGGGUUGCAGGGGAUGAGCUGUGGUGGGAACAGGUGUAAUUCUACUUUGUAUAUCAGAGCUAAGCACCAAACUGGAAAUCCUUUGUUGGGCACUGAUAUUUAGUUACAAUCUUAGUUCUUUUUUUUCUUUUUCUUAUUUUUUUAAAGAAAGCAACCACAGCAGGUAAUGGAUUAGUAUCCAUACCAAAUUAGUUGCACUUAAAUUCCCUUUGUAGUCAUUGGGACAAAUUGCUCAUUACUUAAGUCAAAUUGAUUUCAGUUCAUUAACUUUUUGCUCUACAGUUUUCUAGUGCAUUUCUUUUUGUCUGUAGCUUUCUCUCACUGUGAUGAUUAUGCUAAUUUGUAAGUGAUUAUACUGACUUCCAUAUUAUAAUCCAAAUAAGUUUAGCUAAGUGAAGCAAUUUAGUCUAUAUUUGGUCUUUGUAUUCCAUCCAAAUUGGAUUGGUGGCUUAUCAUAUUUGAAUUAAGGCAAGCCAUGAGAAUAAAGCAAAGAAGAAUCCAACAAGUUUGAAAGGGAACUUAUAGGUUACUGCCAAUUUAAGAGAAUUGUGGCCAUAGCAUGUGUGUUCUAUAUAAAGCUUGCUACAGCUGUUUUCAUGUCAGUUAAGGAGGCCUGAAAAAGGGGCUAGAAUAUAAAAUUCAGAAAACAUUCUCUUAGAACUGACCAUUCAUAAAUCUUCAUUUUAUUUAUUUGUGGGGGUUUUUUUGCAAAAUGAUUUAAUCUGCUAAAAUAUAUCUACUACUCAUUUAAGUGUAGGUAUUCCUUUGUAUAUAAUUUUAAGUUUGCAAUGCCUACAAUUGUGGCAGCAGUUUGGGGGGGCACUGCUGCCAAGUUUAUCUGUCUACAUUUCUUCACUCAAUGCUCUUUUCAUGCAGGAAUGUUGAACAGUAGAAGAAAUAUUGUUUUACAAAAAUUCCACAAAAUAGACAGGCAUUUUGUAAGGAAAUACUCCUCACCUCCUUCUUAGUUUUUAAAGCAUUUUUUUCCGAUUGAAGGAGGGAAAUCUGCUUGUAAUUGAAAUCACACACCCGCAUCCAUCUCGUACCCUAAUUUAUGUCACAAGUCACUGGUUAUUAGUCUCUGUUUUCUAAUGGUUCCACAGACCAACUUGAAAAGCAGGUGCAAAAUUUGAUGCUUGCUUGAGUAGCAGUUGCUCUUGGGGCAAGCAGGUGAGUGGCUGCAUCUGUCUUUCAUCACCACCACCACCUUCCAACAUGACAGCAUGUUGCUGUCAAAAGAUGUGUCUGGCAUCAUCAAAACUCUCCCUAGGGGCCAGUGAAGCCGAGGAUGCUGGCAAGACAAAGCUGUUUUAAGACUGAAGAUUGCUAUCAGUCCCAAGGCAAAGUGUCUGCCAGUUGCAAUUUGCAAGAUGCUUAAGGAAGAGUGCAUAAUACUGGGUACAGUGCUCUUAACAACAUUGCCCAGGUAAGGAUGUCCAGGGGGAAGAGGAAGGGAGUGAGGCUUAGCCUGGGGGAACAGCGCAGGGCAACUUGAGUGAGAGAUAAGUUUUACUUUACCUGAUGCCAGAUCACUUAUUUAUUUCACCAGUUUAUCUUGCUCUACAGCCAAAAAACAAAAAAAAACCCCAGCCCACCCCAUUGUUGUUUAGUCGUUUCGUUUCGUGACCCCAUGGACCAGAGCAUGCCAGGCACUCCUGUCUUCUGCUGCCUCCCUCAAACUCAUGCUGGUAGCUUCGAGAACACUGCCCAACCAUCUCGUCCUCUGUCAUCCCCUUCUCCCAUUCCUAUAGUGGUUUACAAAUUGUCAUUGAGAAGCUAGUCCCAACCCUCAGGCUCACAACAUAGGAGACGCAACAUGAAAGGAGAAUGGACAGGAGGGGAGUAGGAAAAAUGGGCUCAGGCACUAAUUCUUAGUUACAGAGAUCUUGUGGUGAAUUGCAGGAAUGGAAAAAUUCACAGAGGAAGACAAAAUUUGCCAGUCUUACGAGAAGCCACUCUCACAUCCUGAUGCAAAGGCUGUUAAGGGGCGAAUUUACACUGUGAUUGCUGAUGGUAGCCACUGCCAUGUGCAAAAUUAAGCUUUGUGCAUGACGUUGAAGACACUUGAAAAAGUGACCUUGGCCAACAACAUUCAGCAGUUGGAUGGUCACUGAGUGCUGAUGUCUUGUGGGCUCAGUGGUCAUAUGCCUUGAAACGAACAGAAUUGAGGUGCGAUAGGAAUGGUGUCCCACUGAAUGGCUUCCAAGUUAACAUUGUUAGAAUCAUAGUCAAACCUGCAUUUUAAGUUGUUUUAUAGAUGUAUAUUCUAAGAUGUCUAUAUCUAAGUGAUUUAAUAGUGUCCUUUGGCUUUUACUAUAAAUUCAGUGUCAGUUUUUCUUGACUCUUUUUUACUACUUGGGUGUUCAAGAACAGAAUGUAGCUCUCAUCCUAACACAGGUUGGUGUUAAUGUUUUCAUACUUUGACCAACCCACGGUGAUACGCUUUAAGCUAUAGAUUUGUACUGUUCAUGAGAGCUCUUUCCCCUUUUGGUCAGACUUUCCUAUGAAUGUUCUUAAAUUCUUGGCUGUGGGUUCGCUUAGGUUGGACCCCUUCUCUCUCUUCAGAUUUAAAGCAAGCCCCCAAAGUAGCCAAGCAUAACAUUUUAUUCUAAUGCAAUACAUCUUUCCAAUAUUUGCCACCCCUUACAAGGUCUUUACAAUGUAUAAUCUUUGGCUGUGAUCCAGCGAGUCCUUUUAAUACACCCUCUUAGCAUUCCAUCACCCUCCGCAAUCUCUAAAGCAUGCCUUAAACUUCUCUGCAGUUUGUUAGUUGACUAGGCUCUGCUAGAUUUUUUUCUUUCUUAAACUCGCUGCACCACAGUUGUCAUGAGUGGAAUAAUCAGAUGCUUGGGAUUCCAUUGGGUGUAGGAAAGGAAGCAAGGAAGUGUAUUUGAUUAACAUUCUCAAGUAAGUUGAAUCUGUAAGCCUUCUCAAAGUCGGGUUUAUUUUGGCUGCAUGGGAAAACAUGAUUACAGUUGAGUAAUUACGUGAGAGUCAAAUGAAGUGAUAUUUGAAAAUGACGCAAGAAUGACCUACACUUGUGAAUUUGCUAGAGGAGGCAUGGUGGACACAUGGAUCGCAGAAGUGCUGCCAUUCCAAUUUCCAAGUUUAGAACAUGAAUCCCCAUUUCCUUUUUCUUCAUUCUCAUCUGGCUCUAAUCCAGUUCAAACCUUACCUUGCAUGAUGCUGCCCUUCCUCUUCCCUCCCCCUGUGAUUCUCUGAAAUUGCUAUGUUAACCAUCUUUAAGUAUCUUCAGUUCCAAGCACGGAUUUCCCAACCAUCUGCUACAUAUUUCCCCAUACCCAGGUCAAUAUCUUGCAUUGUUAAGAAAAUAACAUUUACAUUAGAAAUAUUAAUGUUUACAUUUCAAAGCACUGCGGUCUGCGCAGACAUCCCAAGCCAAUGUGUUCCCACCAUGUGCACAGUUGAUAUCUAUUUGCUUUUGCACUUUACCAGCCCCCUUGGAUGAAUGGGUCCUGGCUUUUGCCCCAAACCACACAACAAAGGAAAUUGCAUGUAAGUGAAGAAGUAAACACUUGUUAUAUCAGCCUAGUGAUACAGACUCAGUAGCUAGGAAAGCGCUCUUACAAAGGCAGAAGAGCAGCAACGAAAAAUUCAGUCCGACAGCAAAGGCCAAGGUUACUGGCAAGAGCUCCAAGACUUCAGGGGAGCUGCUAUGUUGUUUCAGUAAAUUUCCCCGCCUCUCUGCCAAGCUUUUAAGCAGGGAGAAGAGGCAGAUGAGUAAUGGAGUCCAUAGACAAUUACCGUAUUUUUCCGUGUAUUGGACGAGGUUUUUUGACUCAAAAAUUACGUCAAAAAACUGGGGUCGUCCAAUACACGGAUAGUGGCAUAGGGGGAGAAGCGGUGCGCCGCCAGCCAGCUCAUUGGUGAGAGCGCAAAUUCCCCCGAUGCCACUGCGCAUGGCGGGCGCUCCCUGGAUCGUUUCCCGCACAGCGGCAUCAGAGGAGGUUGUGCUCCCAGGAGCACAACUUGCCCCGAUGCCGCUGCAUGCGGGAAACGAUCUAAGGAGUGUUUCUUGCCCGCAGCUCAACAACUUUGGAUCACCUCCCCUCAUUUUACUAAAAUUGAGUCCCCCAAAAUGGGGGGGGUGUCCUUAUACAAGGUGAUGUCCUAUAGACAGAAAAAUACGGUAUUUCCAGGACUCUGAGGGCAAUGGUAGGAUCUGCAGAAGCUGGUUGGUUUGCCAGACACAUUCUAGUCCCUUCACAUUUUCUGUCAGGCCACCAGACACCCAAGUCAUUGCAUGUAAGGUUAUGUAUUGCACAAAAAGGCCAGCUGUUCAGCUGCCACAGCAUCGCUGACGUGCCUGAGCUCAUAAUGAUUCAGGAGGCACAUACAUGCGCAGUUAACAGUAGGUAAGCCCUCUCGCAUGGAAAAGGCAGUCUUUGGCUCCUUUCCCUUCUGCUAUUUCCUGCAGUUUGGUGAGCACAAAUAGGUCUUGCAGUUACAAAAUGAUACAAUUGUAUUCAUACAAUUUUCACUGUAUUCAUGCUGUUAACCCAGAAGUGGCUUCAGCUAACACCCCACCAAAGCCAGUGAAAUGCUCUUUGAGCCAGUCUUUGGCAUCUAAAUGCAAUGUCAGAUCUAAUAGCUCUGUCAGGCUGUGGGAAAUCCCAGAAAUUUAGUAAAUUGCACUUCCAGAGAACUCUGCCUCCAUCUUGUCUGGAUUGGGCAUCACUUUAUUACCUUUACUCUCUCUCGUUGCUGAUCCAAACACGUGUUUAGAAGAUGAGUAAAAAGGAAAAAGUAGAUAUUGGAAGCAUAUUGGUUGAAAUAAGCUUGCUGGAGACAUUGGACAGCAGCUGAUUUUUCCACAUUAUACUGAUUUGGACUAAUGUGCCAAAUCAGUAUAAGAUAACAUGUCCAUAUGUUCUUACGCCACAGGGUGUGUCCUCUUUCUUGCAUUCAUGGCCAGCAGUUAGUUGACCUUUGGUUAAAUGGGUUCCUAAAAAUAUACUAUGUCUCCACACAUAGUCCUGGAAAGAAUAAAUUAAAUAUUGGAUAGGAAGUUAAAAAUAUAUGUUUGAGUACGUAAUGAUCUGCUGUGAUUCUCUAAAUUGUGGGCCUUGCUUGUGCCUGGUUGUUGUUGUUUUUUAUUAUAGCUUGUGAACUUUUCAUCUAUAUCAGCUAACGUAUCCAUGGAAGUAGGUGGGUUUGCCGUCAGUUUGCCAGAUCUGUGACAGGCAAGAAUUAAACUUGUGCAGCUAUUACUGCUAGAGACAAUGUAUUAACAGCUGCAGACAUGUCAAAAUUCAAGGCACAGUCCCUUGUUGGGGAGCAAUGUUGUAGUGACAAGUCAGAUGUACAAGUCUGAGCACCUGAUUCCUUAGGAGAACAUUGGAAAUCUGGUGGGAACAGGUUGGAUGGGCAGGUACAGGAUAGAAGAUGGGCCUUGUUUGGCCCUCAAGUUUUGGUAGAGAAACAUUUAUAUAGGGUGGCCAAAAACAACUGGUGGGAACCCCACGUUUAGUUUGAGUACUUGUUAUUUAUAAACUCCAUUUUCAUAUCCGUACUUAAAAGAGUGGCCUAGUGAGUUCCGAUUAAAAUGUUUUUAUUUUUUACAUCAUAGUUUAUUUUAAGUUGUGUGUGUUGAGCCUUUUUCCUUAUAAACACUAUCAGGGAUAAUAUUUAUGGACAAUCAUUUGCUAUUACAGGCAUCAUUUAUUUAAAUUUUGACUCUGCAGAAGUGUUUUUGCAAGCCAGUGCUUCCUGUUUGCACGGUAGUAAGAUGGAACCGUAGCAUGACAUGGUCACUCUGGCCAAAUUUCUAAUUCCUGACCCAAUUGGUUUCAAAUAUGCAAACACGUCUACCUUGCAAUAAACUGUUUUUAAAGGGUUUUAGUUUUAGUAUCAUUUUACAUCAAUAUUUGUUCCACAUGGGGUGCAUUUUCCCAGAGGGAGGCUGCCUUUUUGGAGACUGUCACAAGGAAAAGUAAAACAAGCCUUGCAAAUUCUCUUGACUCCUUUUCCCCCCAACCUUAAAUAAGAGGUCAGGCUGAUGGUUUGAAAUUGGCUGCUACACUUAUACUUCCCACUACUAAACAAAUAGGAAGUGUCUACAGAGUCGGAAUUUGAAUAAUAAACUACCUCUCCCAUAGCAAGUAACAUUAAUAAAUAUUUUCUCAGGUCUUAGGGGAGGAAAUAGUGACAUUUUACUUAUUUGUUUUUUAUUAAAUUUCUAGCCUGCGCUUCCAAGGACCGCAAGCAAUACGAUUUACAAUUUAAGGCAAUGCAAUUUAAAAUAAAAAACAUUUAGAACAUCUAAAAACAUUUUAGAGCAAUCACGUAUCUUCAUAGUUGCUAAUUUCAAGGUUGCCAUGGUCAGUAGUAUCCCAUCCAACACCUGGCUAGAAAUAGAUGUUUUUUAUUUUCUCCUGAAAGUCAGCAAUGAAGGAGGCAGAAGCAGCUCACCAGGGAGGGCAUUCCACAAAUGGAAGCAAUCCCUAACCCAGUCCCUGGUCAAUGCCAACUGGGCAGCAGCUACAGGUAGCCCUACCAACUGGGCCUCCUAUACCCGGAGGUCUCAGGGCGGUUCACAGAAAAAAUCAGAAUAUAAAACCACAAAAUAUAUAAUAAAAAUAAAUACAACAACCCAGUAACCCCCCAACACACACAAAACCACAUUUUAAAAGGGCAUAAGAUGUCAUUCAAAGUAAGCCAAGGCCCAGUUAAAAAGGAACCUUUUUGCCUGGCACCUAAAGGUGUAUAAUGAAGGCGCCAGGUGAACCUCCCUGGGGAGAGCAUUUCACAGACGGGGAGCCACUGCAGAGAAGGCCUGUUCUCGUGUUGCCACGCUCUGGACCUCUUGCUUGCAUUUAUAGCUGAUUGUCAGUCUGGGAAACUUUGCUGUACUACUAGCUCUCCACCCCUCACAUCAUUGUAGCGUAAAUCCCUCUCUUCUGUCCUUGUUAGCAAAUGACCCAAUAACUCUACAGUGGUACCUUGGGUUACAGACACUUCAGGUUACAGACUCCACUAACCCAGAAAUGGUACCUUGGGUUAAGAACUUUGCUUCAAGAUGAGAAAAUUGUGCUGCAGCGGCACGGUGGCAGCAGGAGGCCCCAUUAGCUAAAGUGGUCCUUCAGGUUAAGAACAGUUUCAGGUUAAGAACGGACCUCCAGAACGAAUUAAGUUCUUAACCCGAGGUAGGAAAGGUAAAGGGACCAUUACAUCCAGUCGUGGCCAACUAUGGGGUUGCGGCGCUCAUCUCACUUUAUUGGUCGAGGGAGCUUCCAUGUCAUGUGGCCAGCAUGAUUAAGCUGCUUCUGGCGAACCAGAGCAGCGCACUGAAACGCCGUUUACCUUCCCACCGGAGCAGUACCUGUUUAUCUACUUGCACAUUGAUGUGCUUUCGAACUGCUAGGUUGGCAGGAACAGGGACCAAGCAACGGGAGCUCACCCCGGCGCGGGGAUUCAAACCGCCGACCUUCUGAUCGGCAAGUCCUAGGCUCCGUGGAGCCCUGUAUUAAAAAACCCACAGAGCCCUGUAUUAAAAAAAGAAGGUGUCAUUUUCAAAGUGGCAUUUUUACUUCAUUGGAUAUUUCAUUGUGGUCAUAUGAUAAAUAGGAAGUCGGUUGACAUAUUUGACUAUCAGUUAACUGAUGUACCAGUUUUCUGAAAGCUGCUUGCUUCUGCCCACAGAGGCCUUCCCUAUCUUCCCGGGGAAAGGGAGAGAGGGGGUCAAAUGGGCUCCUUGUUCUGCUUCUUCCUGCAGAAUUCGCACCAGCAGCUCUCCAGGCAAGUAAAUAGAAAUACGGAGUAAGCUGAAAGGGCUACUUUAAAAUGUGUUUCAGGUUCCUUUCUAGUGUUGAGUCUGUGAGGUAGGCUUCAAAAAACACCAUCAUAUCCAAAUCAGCUUUGAUCAUGGUGGAAUUAAAUUAGAUACACCAUUCGCACAUUGCCACAUAGCAGCUUUUCACUGAGUUGGAUCCAAACUUACAUUUUUGUGAAUGGAAGAGCUUCCAUCUGUGCACUUUUGAUCCAGCAGAGGUCUCCUAUUAAUGGAAGGGGAGGGAGAGGCAGUAUUUACCAAUCCUCCCUACCUCAAGGGUGUGAGGCACUAUAGGAGAAAUUGGCAUGUCACCUCCGUUCAUCCAUCAGUGAGGACAAAGUCUAGAUCUGGUGGUGUUCUCUGGUUAGAAUUUAGUGUUCUUAUACAGUUGUACCUUGAAAGCCAAACACAAUCCGUUCCAGAAGUCCAUUUGACUUCCAAAACAUUCAGUAACCAAGGCUCAGCUUCUGAUUGGCUGCAGGAGCUUCCUGCAGCCAAUCGGAAACUGCGCCGGAUGUUCGGCUUCCAAAAAAGUUCAAAAACCGGAACACUCACUUUCGGCUUUCGAUUGUUCGGGAGCCGAAAUGUUAAGCAACUAAGCCAUUCGAGAUCCAAGGUACGACUACCACAUUUCAGGUUCUCAAAGCGAUUGACAUGACCUCAACUAUGGCACCAUUGUAAGAGAGGCUAGUGUUGCUAUUUUUGGUUAUUAAACAUACUUUAAAUAACUUGGGUAGGCUAGCAUUCUAUUUUUAACUUUGGGGUGUGGUGAUUUCUGUCUUAUUUAUAUGGGUUGCUUUUUUUAAGGCGUUAACCCUGUCUUUGUGCUUCAUUUUGGUUUUUUUACCUAUUUAUUGCAUGCUGACCUCAUGUUGUAGGACAUCAUGGAAGUGCUGUAGGAAUUUAUAGGGUUGCCUAGAAAUGUUUGAUCUAAGAUAAAAUUUGGGUCUUCUUGACUGUCAAUGCCCAUUUAGCCCAUUCACUGCACCAGAAAACAGUCUAUUUCUCUGUGAAAUGGAAUUUGAAAGAGUGUUUUACCGAAGAAUGAGUCAGGUUUGCAUUAACAUCAUCUUAAAUUAAAACAUUCAUGUGGUUAACUGAAGGAAGUCUUGUUCUGUAGAAGGCUUAGAAGAAAGUACAGGUGUUUUGUGGUAGUGUGAGUACAUAAAUGAACAUGUAACACAAAUAAGCUGUCUUCACCUAUAGCCAAGCCUAGGUCUAAGAAAAUUAAACAUGACUGCAUAGGAAUGUCCUGGCUAUUUCAUGGCUUGUUUCUUUUCAGAACUCAGACAUGUUUUGAGACUUGGUUUGUUCCUCAACUGGCUGGCUGUUUUUGGAAGCAGUUUUGACUUUUAACAGAAAAACUGAAUUCAGUCUUUUGUUAAGCAAGGGAGCUAACUAUGCUCAAAGCUGUUUGUAAACUUUUGAGUGUUUAUUCAAAAUAUGCUAUUGAUGGUUGUUGUUUUUUACAACGCAUUUUCUUUCCCCCCCCCAAAAAAAAAACAGGUUGUGAAGAUGAGAAAAGAAGUGAGGAAGGUCAGAGUGCUGACAAUUCGCAAACUAACUAGACAUAUUGCAAAACUGAAGGCAAAAAAGUAAGCUUAACAAUUAUUCUUUUUAUGGUUUUCUGCAGUCCCAGGGCAACUGGUAGUAGGAGCUAAGGGCUCUUUCUAGCAGGAAAGUGGGAAGCAAGCCUCCUGCCCCUGCCCCUCUCUGGCCAAAAAAUAUCCCUCUUGCCAUGAUGACGUAUUUCUUCCUGCAGCCUCCCCAGUAGUCCCAAGUCUUCACAUUCUUUCAUUUUCUAUAAUGUGUUUUGGAGUUUCCAGGUCACUUUGGUAGCUAAGCCAAUGCACUGUCCAAGCCUGGAAUCAAGGUUAAGGAAUCUCCUCCUUAACGAGGGGCAUAGUGUGGGGAGGGCCAGGGCGGCGGUGGCCCUGGGCACAGAUUUUUGAAGGGGCACAACGAGGGGGCGCAGCCAGGGGUCCUCAUCAAGUUCGGAGCAGUGAGAAGGCAAGCCAAGCUGCACCUGGUCCAGGCCUUGCGGGCUGGGGCAGCAGUGCCUCCUCCUCCUCCUCGUGGCUGGUGAAGGGCCACCCAUGUGUGCCCUGAGCCGGCCGAGAGGGAGGAAGGGGGAGGGCACCACCACCAAGGAGAGAGCCAUCUCCUCCUUUGCCAACAGGGCACCUCAGCCCUCAGGUCUGUCCUCAAAUGGCAGCUUUGAACCUCUUUCUUCCUCCCCUCCCCUUGCUUCACCUCACUUGCUGCCGACUCAGACCGCCGUGGCUCAGUUGGCGGUGAGGGCUUGGGCUGGCAUGGCUGCCCCUCUCUCCCUCACACACACACACACACCCCGGGUGCCAGCAGCCUAUGCUACACCACUGUCCUGUAGCCAAGCUAAGUCAGACCUUGAAUUAGCUGCCAUUCUGCACUCAUAUGAUGUGCAAACCAUUCCACUAUGCUCCCAGUGCAACUUUUGCAUUUCCUAACCGUGGAUAAGAGAUUGCAAAAAAGAAAGGGGGGGGGGGAGAACUGCACUAGGCCUUGGUAACUAUUACCAUGAAUUAUUUUACAGUGAAUAAUAACGGAACAUAACAUAUGUAGUAUUGCAAUAUUAUUUAAAUACCUUCCUCUUUCAGGGGCACGGAAGAUGCAGUAUUGAAAAACCAUAAACGUGCAGAGAGGUUACUGGAAGAAAUUCAUGCCAUGAAGGUAACGCUAUGCAGAUGCCUUUGAAUAUCUAGUCUACAAACUGCUUAAAUUACAAACAUCUGUACAGGUCUUUUUUAAAAAAAAAAAUCCACUUCAAAUAAAUUUGUUUCAGAUUUUGUAUGGACUAGUUUUGGCUGUAAAUAGAACAUAUGGGAGAGCAACAGACCACAAACGUGGUGGGAGACUAUUUUUAAAUUUAUAUUUUACUUUUUAUUGGUGUAACUGUCAAGGUGCUAGACUAAUUUGACUUGUACGUGUUGCCAAGCUAAACUAGCAUUUGUUUCCAACAGACCAGUGUGCCUCAAUUUUUAAUUCCUGAACUGAAUGAUGACUGUUAAGUGCCUCUGCUGCUCAGAAAUGCGAUGGACAUUUUGGUGGUUGACAUCAUAGUUUCUAGUCUUCCCACUUGCCAGCUCCUUACAUUUUUCUGCAAUGCUGUCACUGCUCUAAUGUGCAAAGCAGUAACUGACAAAAUGGAUUGAAACCAAAGUAUUUUUUCUCUUCUGAAGCCAGGGUAUUCAUUAGCAUUUGCAAGGCUCUUUUACUUCUCUUACACUGACAUGCUGAGCCAGUAAAUGUCUGGCAGGCUCUUGAAUAACAGAUCUUUUUUGUAGCAAUGAAUAGCUUAAUUACAGUCUCUUUUCUUUGUACAAUAUUUAUAAUUUUAAACGUCAAAGUGCAAGACUGGUCUUUCCAAUUAGCCAUAAGAUUAAGCUGCAGGAAUGCUGUUUUGCCCUGCUAAUGAAUGCAUAGUUUACUGUUCUAAACAGGUGAGCUAUAGUAAUUUUACACAAUAUGCUGGUUCUUGGAAGUAUUUAAGAACUCAUUAUUAAUGAAAAGUAGAUUAAACAGCUUCCACUUUGGUGCCUAUAGAAUUGCCUUAAAAUGUAUACAACAGUUUUCAAAGCACAUAGCAAAUGCACUGGUCUUUGUGAUCGCCAAAGAAGAAGAAGAUAACUUUAAAAGAGGGGAAAUAAGGAAAUGUUAUUUUAAGUCUCUCUGAGACAGGCUACAGCCAAAAAAACAAAAUAAUAGCAGAACUGGGUUGGAUCCAGAAUUUUGCUUAGCAGAGUUUCACUGGCACUGGAAGGAAGAAGUGAUUUUAGUUUAUUUGUCCUUUUCUCCGACAACCCCUACACCUCCUGAAAACUGCUCCAUAGGGUUGGAGACCUGCAGGAGCUCUAGAGACAGCAUGGCAAAAGGGGAAGUCAGUGGAAAUCCUUUUCCAUUCCUCUGGACAGAACCAGAACCCAAUGCCUUCUAUGAAUGAACUCUUCCAUUGAAGAAAUAGCCAUUCUGGAUCCAGCCCUUUGUCUUUUAGCUAUCUUGCCCUUUCUUCAUUCCAUCAAAAAUGAAGGCUUUUAGUAUCUGUGGAAUUGCAGGGCACAGCUAUGUUUUUGGACAAGCAAACGGACUUGCAUUACAGAAACUUGAUGGUGUGAUUCAGAUAUCCAGUUCCCUGCAGAAACCAGAAAUACUGAUUACCUGUACCAUUAAUACAGUGGUACCGCGGGUUAAGUACUUAAUUCGUUCCGGAGGUCCGUUCUUAACCUGAAACUGUUCUUAACCUGAAGCACCACUUUAGCUAAUGGGGCCUCCUGCUGCUGCCGCGCCACUGGAGCACGAUUUCUGUUCUCAUCCUGAAGCAAAGUUCUUAACCUGAAGCACUCUUUCUGGGUUAGCGGAGUCUGUAACCUGAAGCGUAUGUAACCUGAAGCGUAUGUAGCCCGAGGUACCACUGAAUUGGAAUUUCGGCAUGUUGCUGUCCUUGAAAUGGGUCAAGCCUUUGAAACUUUGAAGCACUCCUAAAGUGAACCGUUGCAAGCUUGCAUUUGGAGCACUUGCAGAAUUCUUAGAGGACACACACAAAGCAGCCCUUGCCAAUAUUGUCAACCUCCUUUCCCUGCUCCAAGGUCUGGAAACUUUCCUUGGCGAAAGGGGGGAAAGUGGCUGAGGCAUUGAGUGCGCCUUGGGCUCCUCAGGUUGUCUUCUCCUGCUGUUGAUGGGACUGAGACUACCAGACCCAAAGUGCCCUAAAAGGCUUCUUUGUUUGUGGAAAUUAUGUGUAAAGGUUGUUUCCUACCAGUAUUCUUGGACUUGGAGUCCAGUAUCAUCUCUGGCAGGAAAACACUCUCUGCCGUGGCCUGUGAAGCAUCCAGUUCUGCUGUCGUCUUCUUGUGCCUUCUUGUGCCUAUAGUGCAUUUCAGAGUUUGGGGGCAGUUCACGGGAUUGAAGGGAUUGCUUGCUUCGAUCCUGGUUGCAAACAUUCAAGCAGAGGCGCUCACAUUUUACAAUGAACUUUGCCCGAAAGCUUCUAUAACUCCUACUGUCAAGCUCAGGCAUAGGCAAACUCGGGCCCUCCAGAUGUUUGGGACUACAGUUCCCAUCAUCCUUGACCACUAGUCCUGUUAGCUAGGGAUGAUGGGAAUUGUAGUCCCAAACAUCUGGAGGGCCCGAGUUUGCCUAUGCCUGGUCAAGCUUUUCUCUAGGUGUUUCUCUAGAUGUUUGUACCUCUUUCAUAUGUAAACAUGAAGUUUCUUUGCGAAACAGAUUUCGAAAUGGAUUCAGGGGCAAAAACAGCUUCAGCUUGGAAAAAAAACCAUUUCUAUUUUGCAACGUAACUUGCAUUAUAUAAAAUUUGAAAUACAGACCGCUGUUUGUCGAGCACUCUUAAUCUCAUGUCAUGUUGGGCUGUGAGUUUACCUGUUUUUUUUUUUUAUUUUAAUGUAAAAUACUUUUUGGGGUUAAAACAUUCUGCUAGGUGCUAACAGUUAUAUAUGAAGAAUUGUUCAGUAGUCACUGUAUAUGGUACCCGAUAAGAUUUAGGCACUUGCGCUUGAAAAAUGAAUACCAGCCAGAGGAUGGUAUGUAUUUGAUGGAACUUGAGAAGUCCUGUCACUAACUGUUAAAAAGAUUAAAGUUUUUCUCUAUGGCAGGUUUGUUCUUAUGACAUCAGUGUGGUCUGGUCCAAGGGGCUUUCCCCCUUGAUAUUUGCACUUUAUAUUUAUUAAAAGAGGACUAAUAGGCAUAUGUAGUAAUCAGAUGAUUCAGAAAUCCCAAACAUUCCAAACUCAAAAGCUAGAAAUAUCCUCUUUGCAGGCAAACAACAUUGGUUAAAAAUUCUAGCUACGUGGAUGAAAAAACUGGGUUAAUUGUUUGCAGGAGUUCUUGAAGCUAUUGGAACAGAAAACUGUUUUUAGAUUCUUCAGGCUUCAUUUUGCCAGAACUGUAUAAAACAUUUAUUUUAAAAUACAGGAAAGAGACAAAGAACGCUAUGAACCUUGCUAGUUCUUCCUCUGUACGUGAUUUAUUUUAUGGAUGUCCAAACUGGACAUAUAAGAUGUAUUUGUAGAAAAAGAGGGUGGAUUACAAUAAUACUAUUAUUUGGCCUUCAUUGAUUCAAUUUAUCCUAUUUCACAAAAUAUUUAUAUCACAUGACAUGUUACAAGUUUUUAUGUAAACCCAUGUCACUGUUCUGAAAUGAGCAUUCUGGGCCAGUGUAACAGAGCUGAGGUGAUGCCCAGCUAAUCCCUACUCACGGUAGACCCAUUGAAAUCAGUGGACUUAUGUUACUUAAGUUCAUUGAUUUCCAUGGAUCUGCUGAUAUUGUGUAUUUGUUGAAUGUUGCCUAUGAUCCGCAAACCCUAAUUAAGAAAUUGGGAACUUGCCAUAAGAUUCCAUGGUCCUGGCAAGGAACAAAUUCCCUCUUCCUGCCUUAACAGCAGUUAAGGUGCACAUCAGUAUCAACACAGCUGACCAUUAAAGCUAAAGAAAUUUCAAGAAUAAUCUGCCUCCUAUGGUUCAAAGUUAGGUAUGAAUUUGUCUGCAAAUACAGUGGUACCUUGGUUCUCAAACACCUUGAUACUCAAACAACUUGGAACCCAAACACUGCAAACCCGGAAGUAAGUGUUCCAGUUUAUGAACUUUUUUCUGGAAGCUGAACGUGCUCUGUUUUGAUUAAUCUUCCGUUUUGAGUGACACAUCUGUCGGUUUUGAGUGCCACACUUCCAUUUUGAGUGUUACGCUGAGGUCUAUCUGGUUUUGCUAUUUAUUUUGCAUUUUUGUUUUUGCUGCUUUUUUGUGACUGUGUGGAACCCAGUUCAGCUACUGAUUGAUUGUGUGGCUGCAGUACAUUGUUCAUUGCUUUCAUUUUAUGCAUCGGUGGUCUCGUUAGAUAGUAAAAUUCAUGUUAAAUUGCUGUUUUAGGGGUUGUUUCUAAAAGUCAAGAAUGGAUUAAUCCUUUUGCAUUACUUUCUAUGGGAAAGCGCUCCUUGGUUUUGGAAUGGACUUCCAGAACGGAUUAAGUUUGAGAACCAAGGUACCACUGUAUGGACCUUAUAGAUAUAAACAGUUUUCUAGAUAAAUUUGUAUAUUUGUUUGUGUAUUAGCAAUAGUUCUUUGGAAUUGUUUGAGUGUAUUUCUUCAAAGUGUGGUGGCAAAUGACAGCGCAUUGAUCAAGUUGCCAUGUUCAUUAGCUACACCUUGGAUAAUAGUUUUCCUUUCGCCACAGAGGAAGUGGGGAAAUCCUUCAACAGGAAGGAAAUGGGACUGAGCUGUUAUGGCCAGCUCUGAACAGCAGGGUAAAGGUAAAGGACCCUGACAGUUAAGUUUAGUCACAAACGACUCUGGGUUGCGGCACUCAUCUCGCUUUCAGGCCAAGGGAGCCGACGUUUGUCCGCUCUGCAGACAGUAUUUCCAGGUCACAUGGCCAGCAUGACUAAGCCGCUUCUGGCGCAACGGAACACUGAAACCAGAGCAGCGCAUGGAAACGCUGUUUACCUUUCCGCCUAUUUAUCUACAUGCAAUUUUUGGUGUGCUUUCGAACUGCUAGGUUGGCAGGAGCUGAGUCAGUUCGUUAUCAUUAAUUUCUGAAAUAAUCGCCACGCAUCAUUUAACAAAACUGGAUAUAUCUUCUCGCAUACUCUUUCAUCCAUAAGGGAAUCUUCCAUAAGGGAAUCAAGUGUUUAGGAAUCAGCUGCCACACAGGUGUAGUAAGUUAAGUUGAAAUGCUAUCAGUCAGAGUGCUAUUUGAGGAUGUCAAGUACAAACUCUUAAGAAUAAUACGAUGACUGUUUGGGGAUAGUACCUGAAGAAAAAUACCCAAAGAGGCAAGGCCAACCUUGGCGUUUAAUCGAGGUGUGAUCACUCCUUGUUCUGUUCGUUGUCUCCACUCUCAUCGAUUUACUGCCUCCAGGACUGCCUUCCCCCACUAGCAACCUGUUAAUCUUAAAAAGGAGGCAUUGUACGUAUUCAGGAAACAAAGUACUGCCUUGCUUUCACAAUACAGUGGUACCUUAGUUCUUGAACUUAAUCCAUUCCGGGAGCCCAUUUGACUCCCGAAACGGUUUCAAAAACCAAGGCAUGGCUUCCUUCACUCAAUCGGAAGCCAUAUCGGACAUUCGGCUUUCGAAAAAUGUUCACAUAUCAGAACACUCACUUCUGGGUUUGCGCGUUGGGGAGCCAAGCUGUAUAGUUUCCUUGCAACUCCCUUGCCUGCUUUAGAAUGGCUGCAGUUCUACAUGUAUGCAUGUUCACUUUUUGUGCCUAUAAUGUGAUACAUGCAAGACAAAGAAAGAUAUGGAAGAGAGUUGCAUUUUUAAAAAAUGUUUCUGGAAUGAGUUGCAAGCUUGGGGGGUGUAUUUGCGUGCUUCUCUCCUCCCAGCGAGAUACAUACGUUCCUGGCAUGAAGGCGCUUCCUUCUGUGUGUGAAGUUGCCACAAGUUGCCUUUUUUCUAUAUGUGAGCUGCUGUAGCAGGAUGGCAAAUUAUAAGCAGAUUAGAAUGGCUAUGGCAGCUUGAACUUUUGCUUUGUGCAAGGAAGAGUAUUAAUAUCACACAAGAGAAGAACAAAUGGCUUCAAGAUGAAAUUUUUAUGCGCCGCAUGGUCCCUUCUGAAGUCAGUUCAGGGAGCAGGGUCAUAAAUAAUGUUUGUUUUUCUUAAUUAUUGGAUAAUGACAGCCAAUACAAUCCAAAACAGCUUAAUGGCUUGCCUUGUGACCAAAAUGGAAUUUUAAAAAUCUGCUCUGUGUUCCGACUGCUUUUGCUGCUUUUCUCUUCUCUCUGCUUGAAUCUCAAACAUUUUAAAAGUUAUUGCAGUUGUUUUUCAAUGCCUGUGCCAUGUUGGUAAAUAUGAUUGCAAGAAAAUGGCUUCAUUUAUUGUUUGUGUGUGUGUGUGUACUUCUUGAACUUCAAUUCUAAAUUUGCUAACAAAUGGAGUUUAGAGUUUUCCUGAAGAAUUUAUAAAGCAAAAAAGGAGACAGAACUAUGUACUUCCUGUGAAUUUACAGCUGGCUUUUCAAGCGAAGGAUUUUUUCUACUUUACUUUUACAAAGUGGCAUGAAUAUUUCAUGGAAUGUACUUGUAAGAGCAGUGGCUAGCUAAAUUACAGUUAUACCUAUGCCAGUGAAAUACCAUAACAUCUAAAUUUUAGGACUUCCAACUGUAAUACCAUUUUCUGCCAGAAAGGGUUUUAGUGGACUGUUCAAGUUCUAGGUCAUAAUGAGUAUGGAUUGGCUUUACCUGCAGCCAAUUGGAAGCCGCAGAUGUCCUGUUGGACAUUCGGGUUCCAAAGAACGUUCGCAAACCAGAACACUCACUUCCAGGUUUGCAGCAUUUGGGGCCCAAAAUGUCUGAGUACCAAGGCGUUCAGGAUCCAAGGUACAACUGUAUUUGAAAAUUAAAGAGAAAACUGCUUAUGAUGAUAGUUACUACCUAAGUACAUGCCCACAUAUCAAAACUAGGAAAGCCUAUUCUUGCUUUAAUCCUGAUAUUGUUUAUAAUUGAAAUUUGAUGUUGACUUUGGGGAAGGUGAUGUGGAACACAAUUCAAGUAAAAAUUAGAGGAUGCUAUCCCAAGCGAAUGCUGACAUACACAACUGAAGAAUUGCUAAGGAAAUGGAAUGUUCAAACAUUGCAAUUUUGGUUUUUGUGAUGGCCCCACUGAAUGAUGCUAUGACCCAGCUUUUUCCUUUUGUCCAACUUGGUUUUUGUAGCAUCGAUAACCAAAAUACUUUCUGCAGUAGCUUGCAAAGAGCAGUUUGGAGAGCGACUGCUUUUUAAAUCACCACAAAAUUACAGUCUUGCAAACGAAUGUUUUCAUCCUAGAGGAAAGACGGUUAAUUAUAUUUCCUAUAUGUGACUACUGACUUGAAUGGGAACCAUGGGGCUGAAACCGUUCCUCUAGUUACACUGUCCAAAAUGCUCAUAUCAUAGUUUCCAGUUUAAACUUUAAGCUGAAGUCAUUGCUUCCAUUUUGUCUUGGAAGCCUUUUAAAAUCAUGAAAAUAAGUUUAGGAACAUGUCACUGCAUUUGAAAAGUUAACUGUGCCAACACUUUUGUACUUAUCUGAAUCAUAUCUCACUGAUUUCGUUGGUGCUUUUCCCAAAUUCAACAACUACAUCAAUGACAUUUUAUUACAGUCAUAGACCAGCAUAAGGAAAGAGGGGUACAAUCAUUUAAAAUCAUAUAAAAUCUAAAAAACAAAACAACACUGAAAGGAGUUAAAACAGAAUAUAUAUAUAAAAGUCCAAAAGAAGCUGAGAAAAGUCUAAAAGAAGGGUUAAGAACAUCAGACAAGAGUCAAAGAGUGCAAAAGGCUAGUAUAUAUAAGACCACAGAUAUCAGUCUACAGAGCACUCCAAGUAAGUAUUCACAGAAUUACAGUCUUAAAUCUAUAUGUGAGCCAGUAGAGUUUAGUUUAAAAGGAAGCAUUAUCCAAAGGGGUUAUUUUAGGGAUUCUAAGGGCAUAUGCAUGCCCAAGGCCUUUUUAAAAAUAAAUGAAUGUGGUUUUUUGUAUAAUUUUAACAACAUACCUUUGUUUAACAACUGCAUUAGUUGUUGGUUUUGAAGAAAGACUAGUUCAACUCUGAAGGUUGCAGGCAAGUAAGACUCACUGAAAUGAAUGAACCAAAGAUAGUCAUUAAUUUCAGUGGGGCUACUCUGAGUAACAUUGAAUACAACCUCCAGUUUUUUUUAAAGGAAUUGUGUUUAUUUGGAUUCUUGUCAUUAUUUGGAAUGGUAUUGUGGCUGAAUUUGAGUGAGUGGGGAUUCUUAGCAGCAGGAGAUAAAUUUGUGUCGAUUUAGUACAUUGAAAUAAUGCCGUUGUUAUUGGUAAAAAUACCAGUGCAUGAGUUUACUUCAAGAUUGAAUUUCGUCUUAAAUUUUAUGUACUUGUAGACUAUUUUAUCUUUUAUGAAACUGAUAAAUAACAGCUCUGGUCAACAGAGCAAAGUGUUUUAGCAGCCUGCCUACAUCUGUCUACUUUGUGUGUAAAUAUAUUUGUGGGUUUCUUUUCUUUACACCUGUAGACUAAGAUUUCCCUGGGCCAUAGGGUUGCAUUCCUUACCACAGGAAUUGGAAAACUCAGCCCGGCAGCCCUAACUAGGCUCAUCAUAGGCCCCAUUUGGUCUGCGAGGUAGUUUUCCCCAAACCUCUCCCCCCCUGCCCUAUACUUAAUGUCCUUUAUGAUAUCAUCUGCGGGACAGGUAGUGACACAACUGCCAAGGAGCAGUCAGUAGCCUUAAGGUGCCCUUCACAAGGCUGCCAAUCCGCCUGUCAAGAACUCUGAAGCAUAGCUAGCCCCUGCCAAAAGUGAGGCUUGAAGUCAUUGCCAGUCAGCUGUAAGGUACUGAAUUUAACCUGGCUAGGAUGGUUGUACCGUGGAGUUCCCGAUGGAGAACUCAAUAUCCCAGCUGCCCCUGUUGAAAACACGGCUUGAGGUCCUCUGCCAUCAGCUGAUCGGCACUGACUUCAACCCCUAGGGGUUGGUUCUGUGCUCCUUGAAUUCCAGCCACAAAGGAAAGAUUGUGAUGUCGGGGGAUGGGCAAGUGGGCAUCCCUUCUGGGCAUGGGAACCCUGGAUCUAGCCCACCAGCUAGAAAAGGCCCCGCCAUGCCUUAUGCAUUUUGUCACUACUUGUCUAAGCUGGUCAUUCUCAUUUUACAGAGAAGUUUGGAAAUGUAACCAGAGAGAUUGUGACUUGGUUCAGCCGGCUCUGUUGGGAGUUGUGAUUUUAGGCCAGGUCCACUUCACAACUUUAUCAGUUACACGCUAUUUCUGUGCCAUCACACAAGAUGCACGCUCAAUGCUUCUUUGUUAGCAUUAAAUAUGAACUUGGAGAUACAGUCGUACCUUAGAAGUCGAAUGGAAUCCGUUCCGGAAGUUUGCAAUGGAUGUUUGGGUUCCAAAGAAGGUUCGCAAGCCAGAAGAAUCACUUCCAGGUUUGCGGCGUUCAGGACCCAAAACGUUUGACUCACAAGUUGUUUGAGAUCCAAGGUACAACUGUAGUGGGUAUCAAGUUCAAAUUAACUGAUGAUUCUUCCUUUAGUUUAGAUGGAGGUGGUGUUGGAACUCCUUGUGGGUGAAGUAUAUUGUAAAGCUAGUAAGUGGGUGAGUGUGUUUUGCCUCCAAAGUCAUGAGGAUGUUUUUCCCCAGUUGGCACCAAAACUUCAAAUGACAUUUCCAUCUGCAAAACCUGAUGUGAAUUUGACCACAGUAGCUAUCAGAUGGCUGGAACUUUCAUCACCUGGCUAUGACCAAAAGGGGAAAAAAUCCCCUUGCUAUUUUAAAUUUGCAAUUCCAGAUGUGAUGUGUUACUUGCAUUUCUUACCAACAACCAGACAAUAAACAACAAGUUUUAAAAUAGAAUACUGGAAUGAAAGUCACAAACUGAAUUAGCCUAAGCCAGUCUCCAUAUUGUAGCAUAUUGUGGAAGAAUUAAGAACAUUUUAAAUGAUGCUCGUUGAACUGCCUGUUCAAUCCACUGCUCAAUCCAUUACUUGAAUUGUGGCUUGUAUGGAGUUGCCAAGAUACAGAAGUACAUCAGAGUACCAUAGGAGACAACUCCCAGGGGCUGUGGGGGCUUUGACCCCCACAAUUAAAUAUUGGGGGGGCGGACCCCCACAAAGUUGAUGGGCAUUCCCAUUCAAAUGGUGUGUGUGCACUGUAUCAUGUGAUCGAUUAUGCAGGGUGGGGCUUACCUGCCCCCCCUAUAUUUUAUUCAGGUUGGCACCCCUGCAUUGUAGAGAACAUCACUAAAUAAUGUAAUGCCUUAUGUCGGUUAGAAAUCAUUUACAUUUCCAGGGUGACCCGAAGUGGAAGCUGUGUGCAUUGUUUUUUCUAAAUCUAGAUGAUUCAAAUGCAGAUUCUAAUUUUGAAUUUCAUAUCCAGUGGUACCUUGGUUCUCGAAUGUAAUUUGUUCCAGAAGUCCAUUUGACUUCUGAAAUGUUCGCAAACCAAGGCGCUGCUUCUGAUUGGUGCCAGCACCCAGGAAACAAUAGCCAACAGAUCGGAUGUUCAGCUGCCGAAAAACAUUCGGAAACCGGAACUUUUACUUCCGGGUUUUUGGUGUGUGGGAGCCGAAAUGUUCAAGCACCAAGGCAUUCAAGAACCAAGGUUCCACUGUAUUUUCUAAAUAAGCAUGCAUACUACCUGAUAAACCAGCUGCUGUUACUCUGUAUUGUAACUCUACCUCAUAACUGUACAUUGUAUCUCUACCUAGUGUAGCCAUUUACACAUCGCCACAAAAAAAAGGGGGGAAUUGCAACAAAAUAAGGGUAUUGUUGCCAACGUGCUCCGAAAGAAAACUGUACAGGAGGUGGAGAACUGUAAAUGCCGAGUGGUUGAAAUUUGGGGAUAUUGUUUACUGCACUAUGCAGCUGGCGUUAUCCUAGAAGGGCUGUGUUAUAGGUCAACUUGUGUGCAUGUGGUGGAUUUGUUUUAUUUUAUUAACAUACAAAAUCGAGCCUAAAACAAAACCAUCACAGAAAAUAGAUAUGAAAUAUCAAAGCAGAAACAAGAAGGAGGCCAGAGACAUCAGUAAUGCCUUCCAGAUUUUUUGUAUAAUAGGAAUUACAACGAGUCUAUAUAUUAAAAAAAAUUCAAACACCAUUAACAUAGAUAUCUCUUAUUUUUCAAGGGGGAUGAGCUGAAUUUCCAGUUAGAUUUUAAUCUAAAUUAGAUUUUAAUCCUGUUUUGCCAAAAAGGGGAAAUGAAAGCCUUUAGCUAACUCUAUUUCUCUCUCUUUUCCCCCCACAGGAGAUAAAGCUUGACCACGUUACCAAAUUAGCACUCGAAAGAGAAAUUAAUUUUGAGAUUGUUUGCAAAAAGGUAGGAUUCUUUGUACAUAUGUGUUAAGUCAUCAUGUAAACAUGCUUGCGGGAAGGAACCCAUUUUCGACCUGAGCAAAUAUAUUUAGAGUAGUACCUCGUGUUACAUACUUAAUCCGUUCUGGAGGUCCGUUCAUAACCGGAAACCGCUUGUAACAUACGGCGCGCUUUCGCUAAUGACGCCUCCCGCUGCUGCCGGGCCUCCAGAGCGCGACUUCCACUCGCAUCCCGGGGCAAAGUUCGCAACAAGGGGCAUCUACUUCCAGGUUAGCGGAGCGCAUAACCCGAAGCUUUGGUACGGGGGACGGUACGUAACACAAGGUAUCACUGUACAGCCAUCCCAAAGGUUUGUCACAGGGUUUCAUGUUAUGUUGGUGCUGAUGGCAUAUGUCACUGUAGAUCCUUCAGAACACUUUUCUAACAUUCUGACUUUUCAACAACAAAGGUAUGUGCAGAUGCCUGCUUUGGUCAUGAUGGAUGCCUUGAUGAGAUUUCUGCUCUCAGUUGCAAAUGUCUCUGUCCUUCGUUUUUUUCUGUGCACUGCAAGUUUAGAAGAAAAAAAACUCAAUACAUAUCUCAUAGAGAUACUUUACAGGUGUCUAUUUAGAUUGUCAGCACUUUUACUUUUGAGGUGGGAGGUGGGGAUAGAGCUGGGGAUGUUUUUGUAAGUACCUCACAGCUGAUCUGCAUUAUCCUAUUUUAUUUGUAAACUAGCAUUAUCGCUACAGAUGCCAAAAUAAAUUGUAUUUCAAAUCUCAUCUCUGGUUCAGUUGAUUACAUAGGUUUUAGGUGCAAUUGUCUAUCCAAGAAAGAGGGCAAAAGUUGCUGGCUGGCAUUUUGAGAUACAUUUUGCAGAUUUUACAUUGGGAGACAUUCAACCCUGUCAGACACUUUGCACAAUGGACUUCUGUUCAGACAAUUGGGGUUCUCUGUUCUCCCUGAAGCCCUUCAUAUGUCCCCAAAAUCUGCUGCAGAGGCUUGGGAGAAAUCCCAUUUGUUCCUUUGGAAAAGAAGUCCUGUCAUGUUAGCUGGUGCGACAUUGAAUCUUGCUCAUUUAUUUUUUCAGGGAUUGUUUUUUCCAGGGGAAAAAAGGCUGCAAGUUCAUUAUAUGCAAUGAAAACCUUUGUGUUACAGGUUUUUCAUUGCUUGAAAUGGUCAGCAUUUGUUUUAAAAAUCAUAUAUUUCCUAUGGUCAAUGGAUAACUUAAUAGCAAGGAUAUCUUAUCACAGGAUGGAGCAAUUUAAUUAUUAUUGAGAUCCAUCUUGUUAGUUAAUGGAUAUAGUUAGAAAGAGGCAAACUUCUUGUGCCUGCGGGUCUCCAGCUUACAGCUGUCUUUGAAAGGGGGAGUUCUCAGAUUUCUACCAAUGCCCUAGCUUUCCUUUCAAACUUUGCCAAAGCAGAAUGAGCCGAUGUAGGCAGAUUUGCUUACUCUGUGUAAUAUAAUUUAAGCAUGUAAUGUGAGUUUCUUUGGCGGAAUUUCUGUUUCUAGCAAAACCACAACAUACAUACAGUUCACCAAUAUGGUAGUUUAGGGUUUGUUGUGAUCUCUUUUUGUUGUCAUUGGGUUUGUUGUGAUCUCUUUUUGUUGUCAUUGGUUGUCAUUUGUUGUCAUAAAUUGUCAAUUUAUUAAUACAAGGUACAGGAAGCAAUGUCAUUUCUCCUUUCGGUGCUUCUCAGUGCAUUUCAUUUUGGCCACCACAUUUUAACUAGUAUACAUACAUUAAAAGGAAGCAAAAAAUUAUUUUCAAUGCUUGGGGAAGAUGAAGAAUUAGAACGUAGAAUAGAGUAUGCUUAAGUGGAACAGCGGUUUGCAGUCAACCUAGCACAAAGUGGCCACAAUGUUCUCCACUCUCCUCCCCCAUGUGCCCCCUAAAUCUGUUCUGAGAGUUCCCUCAAGCCCUCGGAGCAGAUUUUGGGAUGGUUUGGGGCAUGUCCUGGGGGAGAGGGGGAACCCCAUUGUGCUAGUGCAUCAAAUAUUUGUGGGGUGGGGAGUCUGCUUUAGAGAAGUACACAAAGGAAGAGUUUCUCUCAUGUGCCCCUCAGUAAUGGGGAACCUGUGGCCCACAGGCCUUACUAAGCAGGCCAGGCGCCGUUUCAGCUAAGUCACACCCACCUGUACUAUACCUGACAUCAUAGAUAUAUGAAAUAAGGUACAGAGCAGGAAAUGGGGCUUGACAGCACCUGCAAGCUACACUGCUCAACCCUCAACUGUGCACUGUUUAGAAGUUGCAAAACACCGACAAUCAGCUUGUUGGCAGUGCCUGCAAAGUACCGUUCUUCAGCCAUGUGGUUUGAUUUGAGACCACACAGACAAAGGGAAACAGGUCAUCUGAUGUUAUUGUGAUAACAGGUGGCUGACAGGUAGAUGGUUCCACCCACCUGUCAGACACGGCACCUGGUGGAGAGGAGAGAAGACUCCAGCCCAUGGACCAGACCUAGUUCUCCCACCCUCCAUUGCAGUGAUCUUAUAAGGAAACCAUUUCUCCAUCAUCAAAAGUGUUUUCUUGGUCCACAUGUGGAACAGUCUGCCUCGGCCAUCACUUUUUUUGUAUUUUUUUGGAAGAUGAGUGAAAACAGGUCUUUCCCCAAUAUAUAUGCGCCAAUAGAUUGUCAGUUAUUUGGGACUCAGUAUAACUUUGACAAGCUUUUAUGGCUAAUGAUUGAAUAGUAUUUUAUUGGUAAUACUGUUACUGUGUUCUUUGUGAGCCAUUUACACACUUCAAAAAUAAAUUAAUAAUUAAAAAAAAAUACUUAAGCAAUGAAUGCAUGGGAAAGCCCGUUGCUUUUAUGCAGUGUGCAUUACAGCCACUUGAAAUUUAUUGAUUCAGAAGUUUUGGAAUCCAAAUCAUGAUGUUUCUCUGCUGGCUCAAGGCCAUUCACUUUGAAAACGUUAUGUUUUCUUCAUGCUAAUUAUACAUUUAUGUUGCUUGAUAGAAGAUGCUGGCAUUUGUUACGACAUUAAUAACAGAACACAUAAUUACUUACUUGGAUUUUUAACAUUCUUUGCCUUAUUUAAAAAUUCUGUGUGCAGUCCUUAAGCCAAGAAGAAACAAACUUCUGUGAAAUCUCUGCUGUCGUUUUUAGCUAAAUAAGUCUUGGUAUUUGUUGGUGACAUCUUAUACUUAAUGUGUACUUUGUAGGAAGUGAGUGCUUGGGAUUCUGUCAAUAUGCAUCUCAUCCUAAAGUCAAAAGAUACAUGUGGUGAGCAGGUGUCAUUGCUUUUGUGAUCUGCACAUCUUCAGGGCAAGACCUUAUACUAAGAUAUCCCAAAUUACUGCAGUGGGGUAGCCCUGUUAGUCUCUUGCUGCAAAAAACAAUUAAACCCCAGACUGUUGUAGCCCCUUAAAGGCCCUUAUGGCAUUAUCUUUUGUGAAUUCAAACCCACCUUGUCAGAUCACUCUGCUCAGUAGGGCUUUUGUAGUAGGUUAAAAGGCUGCUCGGAGUUCCCUGGACAUGAAUGCAGUAAGAAGCAAGUUUAAUGUUUCUUCAUAAGGCACAAGAUAAGAUACCCUAGGAAUAACCUUUAUAGAGCCUGAACAGUCCCCUGAUUCUGUCUGAAAUGGAAUUGACUGUGGGUGUUUAAAAACCACUGUUUCCUGAUAAAUUUCCAUGGCAAACAGAUCCUAACUUCAAACACAAAUGGUUGUGGUUACUCUUAAGAACAUUGGCGAUGUGGGAAUGUUUCAUGAAGGUGUAAGAUUUGUCUCCCUGUGACUAACUCUGUUCCUGUAAUGCAGAUGAUUCAGCCUUGUGGUCUUCAAAAGAUUUGUACGUUUGAACUAUGUUCUUAAAUAUUUUCGCAGCCUUAAGAAUUUGUUGUCUAGCUUAACGUCUCCUCGGUGCCAAAGGUACACUGUCUGCCCGGUGAUUUUGGCUUUUGAACGGAAAUGAACUAGCUCAAAAACGGUUUCAAGAGUUAAUAUCCAGUCCUGGUGCCCGACAGUGUAUUUUUCCUGUUGGUCUACCUCUAAACACUGUGCAAAAGCAUAAUGGAUAGUUUCCAUGUGUACUAUAGCCUGCCAAAUGGCUUUCCCCAUUGCAUAGAUUAUUUCUUCACCACCAGGAGCCUGGGGAAAAUUUCAGUGAGAACAAUCCAUUUAAUGGGGUUUUCUGUGGCCACCAUACAGAGCAGCUGCUACAAAUAAGCUGUUUAAUGGAGCUUUGCAAUGGCAAUGCAAUUCUGAGACCCUGAGAAUCCUGAGAAAUGAAGGGUCCCCUCCGCUCCUAACUCCAGAGGAAGUGAGUUCAGUUCCUAAAUCAACGUCUUACGAAUUUUGUCUCAUACACUAGUCCAAAAUCCUGCCUCAUUGUUGAGUCUCCUACUGAUGCAAGGCAUGCACUUCAUACAAGGAGUAUGGGCAGCAGAGAUCUGGAUGAGAUCAGUGGCUACAGUCACUGUGGGAAAGACUUUAAAAUAUUUUUGUUUUGUUUGGCAUUUUAACAUCUAUGAAUAAGCGAGCCUAGGAUAAUUGUUAUCCACUAUGCAGUUGACUUUUUAUUUUAUUUUACAUUUUUAAUUCUAUAGCACCAGAGGAAACUUUUAAGCUAAGAUUGAGAAGUGAAAAAGUAAUGCAGCCUAUACAUACAGUGGAACCUCUACUUACGGACGUAAUCAGUUCCGGAGGUCCAUCCGUAAGUCGAUCCAGGUUGCUGGUAGAAGCACUGUUGGGCGCAGGCGCAUUCGGCGGCAGCACACUUUGGCACAGGCGCAAAUUGCAGCAAACCCGGUAUUUACUUCCAGGUUUGCUGCGGUCGCAACUUGGAUUGGGCCCAAGUAGAGGUGGUAGUAAGUAGAGGUUCUACUGUACUGACUUUGGAAUAAGCCCCAAUCAACUUGGUGGAAUGUCCUUCUCAGCAAACAUACAGAGCAUCAGGUUUUAACUCAAUUAAUCUAUCCAUGCAGUCCUGCAUCUGCUCAUCAGAAGCACAUCUUACUGAGUUCCAUAGGAUUUAGGAUUGCAGCAGAUAUGUACUAUAAUCUGCAUACCUUGGAUGCUUUGAAAGACUUGGGCCAAAUUUUUUGGCAUAGUGUCAUGGGCAUUCUUAUGGGAAAAUAUGACUGCUACCAUCUUUUGCCAGGGUUUUAUGUGCAGAAAAAUACUAGUAAGCUAUAAAAAUGUGGACGUCAAAUUGUAUGUUUAGCAACCCUUUCCUUCUCAACUGUCACUAUAAAUGGGAGGAAAUUGAAUUUGUUGUAAAAUGAAAGAUUUUAGUGUUUUCCAUUCGUGCAUGAACUAAAGGUAUUCGGUGCUCACACAGAAGCUAUGACUGCUCUUUGGUCACGAGAAAGUGUUUCCUAAUCCUGCAGGUUGGCAAAAGUAAGUUAGAUUCAUUUUUAGAAAUACAGAUUCUAGCUGUUCCUAAGUCUCUGAAGAUAAUAGUAUUUGAUCUUCAGAAAUGCCAACUAGGGUGUAGUUUGGUGUAAUACCACUGCCAUUGGUAACCUUUCAAGCCCCUUAUUACAGCAUAUGCAGAUUUAAUCUUGAUAGGGUUGAUUUUCUUUUUCUCCUUUUUGUUUUGUCACUCAUCAAGAUGCUUCACCAUUUUUCUAAUACAGCCUAAUUCUACAGUAAGAGAAAGAGCCGUUGCUAGAUUGACAACGCACCCACUACUGAAGACAAAAAUUGCCAAUAUUAAAGGUAAGCCAAAAAUUGCCCAGCUAAUCUUCGUACACUGGAGCAUGUACAGUAAUAAUAAUAAUAAUAAUAAUAAUAAUAAUAAUAAUAAUAAUAUCAUUGUCUUAAGCUGCAGUGUGUCUAGGCAUUGAUGACCUUCUCAAACUGAGUAUUUGCAAUAGUCGAGUAAGCUAAAUGUAUUGUAUUCUGUGUACCUGAAAUAAUGGGGGGGGGGAGAUCUCAAAAGCAGUGCAUCUACAGAUGCCUAGCACGCUCAUAAGCCAAAUGUUUCUGGGUGUGUCUUAAGAUUUUCAGGGCUAUUCUAUAACCAUGUGCACUAUUGCACGUAUGUAUUGUUACUCAUACCAACAAGUUGAGGGGUUACGCUGACUCAUAAUUACCACUCUUGCUAUUUCCAUAGUUGCUAAACUAGUGAAAUUAAACAAUGAUUCAGGAUGUUCUGGUAGAACAAUGAAUACAUACUGUUAAAGCAAGACAUGUGCAGUUCAGUUUUUAUUUAAAGGCUUUAAGAAUGAGACCUUGAUGAACUGCUUAAGUCUGUGUGUGAUUGAAAGUAAUUUCAGUAUGCUCAGUAGGGCCUGUGAUUAAGUAAGUGUGUCUACUUUUGCAGCCAAUGUUUCUUGGUAAUUUAUCUUUUCAUCUUGUUGUUUUUUUUUUGUGAGCCCUGGAAAAGAAAGAGUCUCUAAUUCCCCCACCUCUGUCUUUACUCUAUUACUUGGAGAGACUUGGAGUUUUACAGCCUUGCAUCACUGGGGCCAUCUUUAACUUCCUUUAUAUUUUUCAGUUGUCUUUCUCCAGUAGCUGUAAGAAUAUGCUUAAGUGCCUUCUAAUGACUUUCUAAUUAGAUAAAGAGGUAAAAAAGGUAAAGGGACCCCAACCAUUAGGUCCAGUCGUGGCCGACUCUGGGGUUGCGGUGCUCAUCUCACUUUAUUGGCCGAGGGAGCUGGCGUACAGCUUCCAGGGCAUGUGGGCAGCAUGACUAAGCUGCUUCUGGCAAACCAGAGCAAUGCACGGAAACGCCGUUUACCUUUCCGCCGGAGCAGUACCUAUUUAUCUACUUGCACUUGACAUGCUUUCAAACUGCUAGGUUGGCAGGAGCAGGGACCGUUGCGGGGAUUCAAACCGGCGACCUUCUGAUUGGCAAGCCCUAGGCUCUGUGGUUUAACCCACAGCGCCACCCGAUAAAGAGUUACUAGCUUUCAAUUCUACGCACACUUACCCAUGAGAAAGUCCCAUUGAAUUUAAUGAGAGACUUGGGGCCAUCCCAUGGCAUAAUUGUCACUGGGAGCCAUUGAGUAAAAAGUCCAAACACUCCUGCAGUCCUAUACUCCUGACUACCUUUCCAGUGCCUCUUGGUGCAUGGUUCAGUGAACUGGAUGUAGAAUCCAAAUUGUGUGGGUGAGAAGGCUUCCUAUGUCCUAUAGCAGACAUAGGACUCAGCUAGACAGGUAAAGAAAAAGUGAUUUAUAUGUGUUGGAUGUGCCAUAUAACAUUGUGCCACCAGAUGGCGAUGUGGAGCCCCGUUUUUCUCUACCUGCUUUCCCUGUUUAAAUUUACAACGCUUUAAACGCUUCUUCGAUGUGUCUAGAUCCAGGCUUAGUAAUAGGUAUGACUUUGGGCACACUUGCCAAAGGUGUUGGUCGGAUGCCUUAUACUUGAUGUAAACAUAUUCCUCUAGAAAACUGCCUUCCCUAACACAGACCCUGUCUGGACCAUGUAUUCUCUACCCCCAUUGUUCAGCCGGGACACUGAGAUCCAGCUCCAGGGGCCUUCUGGCGGUUCCCUCCCUGCGAGAAGUGAGGUUACAGGGAACCAGGCAGAGGGCCUUCUCAGUGGUGAUGCCCGCCCUGUGGAAUGCCCUCCCAUCAGAUGUCAAGGAAAUAAACAACUAUCUGACUUUUAGAAGACAUCUGAAGGCAGCCCUGUUUAGGGAAGCUUUUUAUGUUUAAUGCUGCAUUGUGUUUUUAACAUUCUGUUGGACGCCGCCCAAAGUGGCUAGGGAAACCAACCAGAUGGAUGGGGUAUAAAUAAUAAAUCACUAUUAUUAUUAUUAUUAUUAUUAUUAUUAUUAUUAUUCUCUUCCUGCUACCAGAGACCCUCUUCACAUGAGGUGCCACAAAGAAAAAUAUUUUUUUUCCUACCACUCCACUAUGGGGCCCCACUCCAUCACCCUCCACAAUGAAACGAGUUUGCUUUAGAACCCCUUUUAUCAUUUCUGUGUUUGUAUUUUUACCAUUUAUUCUGCAUUUAAAAAAAAAAAAAUCUUGCUUUUUUUUAAGCUGCUGUAAAAGCCUUCAAAGAUGCGAGACAGAAGCCAGCAGGACCCAUUUCUUCAGAAGAGCAUAAAUCGGAAGAACAACUUACCAAACAAUCUGAGCUAACCCAGCAUUCCAGUAGCAGUCUACAUAAGAAAACAAUUAAACAAGCUGGAAACCAAGACAAAAUAAAGGUGAAAGAGAAGCCAGGCUCUGACAUGGGAAAAGAACAAAUUUGUGUGAGAGAGAAGCUGAAAAUGGCAGAUGGUGAGGAAAUAUGCGUGUUGGAUGAUGUUACAGUGCAGGCUGCAGAGCAUCAUAAAUUAGCUCCUCAGGCUCAAGCAGAAAAGUCAGUAUAUUCCGAAGUUACAAAAUGUUUGGAUGACCUCCUGAGUAGAACAGAAGUUGAUGCAUCUGAUAGAGUGACAAGUGAGGAAGCUGGAAUGGAGAAGGAAUACUUUGAUGACAGCACUGAAGAAAGAUUCUAUAAUCAGUCUUCUGGCUCUGAUGAAAAUGAUAGUGAUGAUGACUUCUUCAUUGGCAAAGUAAAGAGAACGAAGAAAAAGAAGGGAGCAGCUGAUAUUUCAUUACCUACAGACCAGAAAGGCAAAUGUAUCCAGCUCAAAAAGGGCCCGCAGUCUGACACAGCCCAGGACACAGACGCAAAAGGCAAAAAUCAAAGCUCAAAAUCAAUGAAGCUAGAAUCCAUGUUUUACUCUUCACUGUCAGACACAAAUAAGUCCAAAUCAGUGAAAAGGUAAGCCAUCAAAACCCUCAAUUUAGUUUGCAACCUUUUGGGGCAAAUGUUUUCAUCCUUCAAGUGGCUUACACACUGUGAGAAGUCUUUGCAUGUUUUCUGACUAGCCUCCUCUGUUGAGUCAAUUUUUGCAUUAGACUUUCCCUAGAGGAGCUUCCAUGGGACGCGGGUGGCGCUGUGGGUUAAACCGCAGAGCCUAGGACUUGCCAAUCAGAAGGUCGGCGGUUCGAAUCCCCGUGACGGGGUGAGCUCCCGUUGCUCGGUCCCUGCUCCUGCCAACCUAGCAGUUCGAAAGCACGUCAAAGUGCAAGUAGAUAAAUAGGUACCACUCUGGCAGGAAGGUAAACGGCAUUUCCGUGCGCUGCUCUGGUUCGCCAGAAGCGGCUUAGUCAUGCUGGCCACAUGACCCGGAAGCUGUACGCUGGCUCCCUCGGCCAAUAAAGCGAGAUGAGCACCACAACCCCAGAGUUGGUCACGACUGGACCUAAUGGUCAGGGGUCCCUUUACCUUUACCUUUAGAGGAGCUACCAUUGUCAGAUUCAAUUGCUUUAAGGAAGUCAUGGAAACUGAGCCUUAUUCACGAUGAGACCGUGAGCUUGGCUUGGCUAUCAAACCCCAUUGAUGCAGAGCAGGGGUGAGGAAAAAAUUGGCCCAACUGAGUGAAAUUCUUAACUUCCUCAGCUCCGUAGACCAACUGACAAGUGGGCAGGGAUUGACUGCUUGUCAAUCAUCUGAUGUAAAAAUGAUGCCCAGUGAAUAAAGUUGGCCUACAAAGUUGGGGACAGAGAAGUCCCCCUGCAGGAAUGAACUCUAACUCAUCAGCAUAUGGACAAGGGGGUUCAAUGCGACUUUCCUCAAGGAAAGGAACCACAUCUCUGCCUGCCCUCCACCUCAUCUUUCAUAUGAUGUCAGGUGUGGAGUAGGUGGGUGUGGUUUGGAGAAAGUUGCCUUGUGGGACAAAUGGGGAGGCCUGGCUGGCCAUAUUUGGCCCAUGGCCAGAGGUUCCCGCCCCAGAUAUAGAUAAUUCUCAGGUCCAUUUAUGUGCUUUAGGUUUCACACAUAUCACGUUUGUUGCACUCAAUAAUGUCUUGACUUCUAAAAAUAUCACUUUUUUCUGUUCUAGAACUGUAAAAGACCACCUUCCCAGAAGUAAAGCAAAAGGUAAGUCAAGUUGAUGUUGCUACUUGCAUUCAUGCAGCAUCAGAACAAAAUCUCAUUUUGUAUUUAAACUGUAGCAGUAGUUUUUCAAAUGCAUUUAAUUGUAUUGAAUUUUUUUAAAAAAACAUUGUACUUGAACUUUAUAGAGGCUUUUAAAUUUUCAGUUUUGGAAAGGACAUUUUUACAAUCUAGGUUUGUACAGCUAAUUUUACUAGCCCUACUCCAGGUCAAGCAAUCGCUAUGAUUUUACUGAAGUUUGGAAUAAUGUGCUCUCCUUGUUUUCAUAUUUUCCAAAAGGGUUUAUGAGGCACAGGAGUCUCAUUUUCAUAUUUUAUUAAAUUUCGGGAGGAAUUCAGUGUUGCACCAAGAAGAUCAUUCCAUCAGGGAAAGAAAGCACUGUGGCUUGUCAUAUGUAAUAAUCCCCUUUUCACACACACACACACACACACACACACACACACACACACGGCACUGUUUUGCAAGUUCUCUCUGCCCCACCCCAGGGCCAAUUUGGGCCUCUGAUAGCCCAAGAGUUUACCAGUGCCACAUAAUUUAGUACUGUUUUAUAUACAAUCAGAAGAAAUUACUUUUGAAAACCACCUAUCUCUGUACCAUAUUUUGAAGUUUUGCUUGUCCUCCAAAACUGCAUGAAGUUCCACUUUGCAUUGUCAUGCCUGGAAGCUUUCCAUAAGAUAAUUAAAAGAUUGUCAGUGGCUUCUGUUUAAUGUGUAAAUGUAACCGGGGGUGUUGCGUCAUAAAUAUAUAAUAAAUAAUCCCUAAAGCACAUAGGAUAAGGUGGAUCCCGACAUGUGCUCAGUGGAGCUCUGCGAUCUCCAUUCAUCUUUUCCCAGGUGCCCCCUCAAAUGCUGCUCAGGAGGGAUAGGAGACAGUCUGAAACACCAUCGGAGGUGGUGCUGGGGGCUACACAGGGAAAUGGGAGAAAAUUACAGCUUCACCCUCUUUGUAUAUUGAGAAGUCUACUGCGUCCUAGGUGGGAAAUAUCCUAUCUGUUCACAGAAGAGCAAAUCUGGUUCCAGUUUCUUAUCUCUGAGGCACCAACUAGAAGCUGUAUACCUCAAUGGUGUGCGAAUUGUCGAUGCUCUUAAUGGUCUAUGAAUUCUUGUGCAGGUUUUGAAAGAAACGGUCCACAGAAACAGAUGUCCAAAGGUUUGAGUAUGAAGCAAGGUAUUAAGAGAGAACAAUUGGAACAGCCACUUCAUCCUUCCUGGGAAGCGAGCAGGAAACGUCGAGAGCAAGUAUCUCAAAUUACAGCAUUCCAAGGGAAAAAAAUUAAAUUUGAAGACUAAGGGGGUUUUAUUUCUUAAGGACUCUCUUCUUUUCCUCCUUUUUUAAUCUCAUCUGUUGACAACUUGUUGACACAGCUGUAUAAACUAAAAACAGACAUUUCAUUUAUAGAUUUCCAAUAUAACGGUAAUAUAUAAAAUAAAUGGUUGAUUUUGAAGUCGUUCAUCGCAAGAGGCUUUUUUUCUAUAGAAACUCUUCUAUGUUUGUCAAGAAUAGCUCCAUUUGCCAUUUUUUUAACUUCUUAAUGGGAACUUGCAUGAAAGAUCAUGGGUAUCGACAAUUGGUGAAGAUGCACCUCUUUAGAUUCAAUGGAAUCCUUUUCCUGCUCCUGUUUUGUUGCUUUGCCAUUGGUUGUUUUGUGGUUUUAUUUUAUGAUUUGAAUGCAAAUUGUACUCGCUUACAUUGAGACGUUUUUGUGACGUUUGGGAACCAUUCAGUGAAGGGCUAGCUAGAAGUUCAAAAAUAAUAGGCAUUUGUGGAAAUCCCAUAAGCAGAAAAAAACAUUUUGCUGUACAUCAUAGGAUCUUAGAAUUGUAGUUGGAAGCAACCCCAAAGGUAAUCUGGUCCAAUCCUCUGCAAUAUAGGAAUCUCAGCUAGAUCAUACAUGACAGAUGGCCAUCUAGCCUCUGCUUAAAAACCUCCAAGGAAGGAGAGUUCACCACCUGUUGUGGGAGACCGUUCCACUGUCGAACAGCUCUUGCUGUCACAAAGUUCUUCCUGAUGUUUGGUCAGAAUCUCCCUUCUUGCAACUUGAAUCUGUUGGCUCGGGUCUUAGCUUCCGGAGCAGGGAAAAAGAGGCUUGCUGCAUUGUCCAUGUGACAGCCCUUUAGAUAUUUGAAGAUGACUAUCAUAUAUGCCAAAUGAGGAUACCAUUCUAUGCACCUUGAUGGUGUUUUGUUGCUUAUUAAGAUGCCGCAGGGCUUGGCUGUUUUUGCUUGAAAUGUCAGAGUUUGUAUUAAAUUACUAGUUCUGGAACAAAUGUAUAAACAGAAACUACAGGAAAACAGUAUAUGUCUUGCAGUGUGAAUAACUGACAUAUGCUGUCCAAAAAAGAAGAGAAGAAGAAGAGUUUGGAUUUGAUAUCCCACCUUUCACUCCCUUUUAAGGAGUCUCAAAGCAGCUAACAUUCUCCUUCCCUUCCUCCCCCACAACAAACACUCUGUGAGGUGAGUGGGGCUGAGAGACUUCAAAGAAGUGUGACUGGCCCAAGGUCACCCAGCAGCUGCAUGUGGAGGAGCGGAGACGCGAAUCCGGUUCCCCAGAUAAGGAGACUACCGCUCUUAACCACUACACCACACUGGAAGACUCCACAUCAGAGGGCAGGAACCUGUGCCCAAAUGUUGGAUUCCAGCUCUUGUCAGCAUGGCCAAUGGUCAAGGAUUAUGGGAAUUGUAGUCCCAACAACAUUUGGAGGGACACAAGUUCACCAUUCGUGCUCUAAAGGAAUGAAUCUGGGGUUAGAUCGUAUAUUUACCUCCUUACUACAGUGGUACCUUGGUUGUUGAAUGGCUUGGCUCCCUAACAAAUCGGCUCCCAGUUUGCGAACGUUUUUCAUAAGCCGAACGUCUGACGCAGCUUCCGAUUGAGUGCACAAAGCUCCUGCAGCCAAUUGGAAGCCGCGCCUUGGUUUUCAAACAGUUCUGGGAGUCAAACGGACUCCCGGAACGGAUUAAGUUUGACAACCAAGUUACCACUGUACUGUUAAAUGAAAGUCGGAAAUUUGUAUCUAUACUGUUCAAUGGUUUCAUUUGUGUUUUGAUAUUCUGAGAUUAGAAGGGCAUUUGACUGAAUUGAAUGUCAUUAUCUAGUUUCAGAUCAGUUAAUUCUUUUGGUUAUCUAGAGUGCAUUAAUUGAAAAAGUAGGGUGAAGUUGUUUGCUUAUAAUACUGUAGGAUUUGUCUUUUACGUCCAAAAGAAAUUAUUUUCAUAUGGUCCUUCAUUACUCUUGGGAUUCAAGCUAUGUCUUAACAAGCUGUAACUAUUAGUGGCUCCACUGCUUUAAAAGCCUUUCCCCAUUUUACAUGCAUGUUGGAGAGAAAAAUAUUACAUAAGUUAAUGCUAGCCCAAUAUUAGGGUUUCCUAUCCCUUUAUUAUUUAGUCUCUCAUUUUCCUAAAUUUACAAAUACUACACGACAUGCCCUGAAUCUCUCUAGUUGAUAAAAAUCUUUCCAUUGGAGAAAAACAAGUUGUGAAUGGCUAAAGAAAACUUGCACACUACAUACAAAGUAUUAAGAUAACGCCUUUUCCUGUUUUAGUUGAAAAUAGAGAAACUUGAAAACUUCAUAGCCUGGGUAGCAUCUCUUUACAUGUCUCUGGACUGCCAAGAGUGCUUAGUUUUUCUUGGCAAUUGAUGAACAGGAGAGAAUUUCUUACUGCUAUAACUUAUGACCCUAGCAGUAUUCCUAUGGGGUGUCUAGCACAUCAAAGCAUUUUUUAAAGUGCCGGAUUUACAGCAAAGCUUUUGAUCUAAGAAACGAGCUAUGUAGACUUUGUCUACAUAGGAGGGCAAUACCAGGUGAAUGUAAAUCACAUCUCUUAUUUUCUUCUAUUCAGAUAAACCAGUGUUUUUAAAACUGCAAGGCAUACAGAGACGUAGCACCAGUUGAAAAGCACCAAUAUAGAAGGAACAUCUAGCAACCUUAAAAUACAUUAUUGAAUGUUUUUGUUUAGCGGUGUUUUGGAUGCAUGGCAGACUAGGAUUCUGUUGUGGUCAUACUAUUGAUACAAAAGUCUCAGUCUUAUACUGUAUUGUAUUUUGUAGAAAUAGAAACAUUCUGAACUCAAGGAUACAUUUGAACUCAAAGUAAUUUUGCAGACAGGCUUACUAAAAUGGUGAUACAGGACAAUAAACUAGCCUACUG